AUGCCCGCGAAGAGAAAGCCAGUACUUCCUGCUCUGAACAUAGCACCCACUAUUACAGAGGGCCAGUCUCCAACCACCGAUGGCUCUUCAGAGUAAGUGCAUCAUCUGAAUGCACUGUGAUAGACCCAUAGUCUUGGUGCAUAGGUACCAGGUAUGCAUGUGUCUCCCUUUAGCUCCUCACCCUGAAAUAUAUUUAUUACUUUAUUCCCUUUCUUUUCAUGUUUCUUUGAUCAUGAUUCAGUAUGUUAAAAUUGAAUCUACCAUAAGUGCCAACAGUUGUACUUGGUACUGUAUAGUUUAUAUUACACUAGAAGGGGGCCUAAUAGAAAAGGCAGUACACAAGCAAUUAUUAGCCUAGAACAGGGGUAGGCAACCUUUUAGCAGCACUGUGGCGAUAUAGGAUUGUGAUGUCCCGUAGCGUGCCGAUCCUAUUUUUUUUUAAAUUGAGGUGUGCAUGUCGCCGUAUUCUGCUUGUGUUAUUUGUACUGUAAUUCCUUUGUAUUGUUGUAUUUGUGCGUAUAUGAGCUAUUAUAUUGUAUUAGUAGUUUAUGGUAUUGUGUAUGAUAUAUAUGAAUGUGGGCUGUGUAUGAGGGCUGCUUGUGGAAUUGUGUGUGGAUGGAUAUGUCACAUUGUGUGUUUGGUAGUGUGUGUAUGUGAGAGGCUGUUUGGGGUAUUGCACGUGAGAGGCUGCGUGUGUGGUUGUGUGCAUGUAUGUGGAUUGUUAGUGGUGUUGUUUGUGGGGAUUGUGUGUAUGUUUAUGUGGGGGCUGUUAUUAUUUGUAUGAGGGGAGGGUUAUCAUGCAUUUCUGUGUAUAUCUAGCAGUGUGGGUGGCUUCCCUAGGUUCCAGUGGGGACCAGGCUGGCCAGGUACAGGUCAAGGACAGGAGCUGCAACAGCAGCUGCUGGUUGUUCUACUACAGUGUGGAUUCCUAUUCACAAGAGCCGGGAGGAAGUUAUCCUCUAUGUGCUGCAAUGCAUAAAUUGAGGAUUGUCCUACACCACCUCUUCGUAUUAGCAGAUAUCUGAAGUUUCACUGGGACCAGAGCCUGUUUGGCUCUAGCAGCCUUGAGUGCCGUGCAAAGACACCUUGAGUGCCGUGCAUGGCACUAGUGCCGUAGGUUGCCUACCCCUGGCCUAGAAGCUCUCAUUUCUUUCUCACUUAUAAUUAACUAGUAAUAGGAGGAGUACACAUAGAACCAGGAAGAGGAAGUGUGGGUUCGCAGCUCUUCUGGAGAAUAUACAUUUGACUCUCCCUUUUUUUUUUUUUUUUUUUUGCAUUUCACAAUCGUGGUACAAGUUGCAUUUUAUAUAUAAAAAUAUAAGACUUGCAAGCUGGAAAGUAAGAUUAUUUCCAUAUCAUUACUAGAAAUGAAUAUCUGCUUAUGUUUAUGUUGGGGGGGACAUAGCUUCAGAAAGAGGAAGUAAUGAGGAAUUCGACAAGAGACCACUAAAAGCGAAACAGAGCUCUGAAAAAUGAAAACUAGUGCCACUAAAAACCUUAAAAGAAGUCACCAAAAAUCAAGAUCAGUUAAUUAUGCGCAAGUGAUUAGUUCCAGAGCUAGAAUCAACCAUUACUCCUUGGUAUAUAGCAACCAAGACCCCGGGGCAGUUCCUGGAUUCCGUAGCUAGAUUAAGUGGAGGUCAACCACAAGACUUCUGAUUCCUGCCACAAAAGCCUUCUAGGGCAAAGAGAAGCCAGGUGCAAAUCUAAUGCAGGACCAGAUUUGCAAUUUAAACAGAUACUUGUUAAUCCUACCAGGGGGUAACUUCUGGUAUUUAAUCUUGCUGAGUGGAAAGCUACAGUGCUGAUCCUAGCCUCCUUGUCUGCCAUUGUGUGGUGCUGAUCUGUUUCAUUGGCUUUAAGGGUAUAGUCAUCUGCCAAAGUGAUGAAGGGGGUUCUCAGGUUUCAAGUCUCUUUCACAUAUCUUGUCCAAAGACUUUCAUCAAACAGAUAAUCAUUGAGGAGAAUCAGUACUGAUUUGGUUGGUUCCAUUUUGGAAAUGUUAGACGGGUAGAAAUGUGCAACGUACCACAGUAAUAAUUUGUUAACCCUGGAGUGUACCUGCAGUCUCCCAGAACUGGAGUAAUCCCUGCCAUUGGAAACGUGGCAGUUAAGAAUGGUAUGCAUGUGGGUAGAGUCCUCUUCUGGCCAAGAAAGCAGCUGCCUCUCCUACUAUUCUCCACAGAAGGCAACAAUGUAAACAAGCUUAAAUAAAAUAAAUUCACCUGAAUUUUGAAACUAGAUUACUAGUCGGGCUUCCCUAUUGGAUAUAGUCAUUAUUAUGAUUACAUUUCCGGGUUUUACUCACAGGGUGAUUUACUAAAGUGAGAAUUUGUUGGGAAUUCAAAGUGAAUUUCAAGUUUGAAUCCAAAGUUGCUGAUAGGGAAGCAUAGUGGACUUGGAGAAUUAUUUUCCAGUUCUACUAUUUUGACCUUAAAGGGACAAUAUAGUCACCGCAACAACUACAGCUUAAUGUAUUUGUUCUGGUGAGUAUAAUCAUUGCCUUCAGGCAUUUUCAUGCAAACACUGCCUUUUCAGUGAAGUGGCCACUGGAGGUGCUUCCUGGGUCAGUGCUGCACAGUAGGCAGCAGUGCCGUUCAGCAUGGGGACGCUGAGUUUUCCUCAUAGAGAUGAAUUGAUUCAAUGCAUCUCUUUGAAGAAGUGCUGAUUAGCCAAAACUGUGUUUGACCCCGUGUCCUUGUUGAUUUUAGCCAAUCCAAUGCUUUCCCUAUGGGAAAGCAUUGGAUUGGCUGAAAAUCGGCAAUUAUGAUGUCAUCAAGGAGGCAGAUCGGGGGCGUGACCAGCGCCAGCGGACCCGCGCAGAGCUGGAAAUAAGGUGAGUUUUCAUAUCGUGUUCCUGACCUUAUCGUGUUCCUGACCUUAUCGUGUUCCUGACCUUAUCGUGUUCCUGACCUUAUCGUGUUCCUGACCUUAUCGUGUUCCUGACCUUAUCGUGUUCCUGACCUUAUCGUGUUCCUGACCUUAUCGUGUUCCUGACCUUAUCGUGCUCCUGACCUUAUCGUGCUCCUGACCUUAUCGUGCUCCUUAUAAUCGUUUAAAAGUCUCUUGGAAUUCCCUAUAAUUCUUUCUUUUGUAAAUAACCCUGAUCGUUUUUGGCAUCAGUGAACAGAGUGCUACUGAAUUGCAUCUGCUGAGCUAGGACCCUGCCCCAUGAGUUUCAUUGGUGUAGUAUGGUACUGAGGGAAGUAAUUUAAAAAGUGGUUUUAGUGUUGCCUUAGAGAUUUAUAUGGUUGCAAUUUGACAGCUGCAGACUGUUGGGAUGAUCCAAAGAUAAUGUGUAGAAAGAAAGAAAGCUCACUUACUCUAAAUAUAGCAGUGGUGGUUACAAAAGCAUCAUAUGUUCCAGAAAGCAAGUCUGGAACAUUUAGGUAUAUGACCGAGUACAGGUCUGAGAUCCUUGAAGGUAAGAAUGAAAACUUUGAAAGGUAUGUUUGUCUAAAGUGGAAAAUAUUCCGGUGAUUUUUGUUGUGUGUGGAUGUUAUUCUUGAGGAAUAUAGAUGUAAGAAUCUGGUAGCACAGUAAAAUAUUCCCAAAACACUAGUGGCAGUAGAAGUGUUUUCUGUGUUUUUUACAACUUUACAAUGGAAAAAGAAAUACGUAUUUUGAUUUUUGGAUUGGAUGAGAGUAUUGAAAGAGAGAGAUUCUGAUUUUACCCCCUAGACAGUGACAAUUAUUCAGUAAACACCACAUUUUAGAAAAUUCAAUUCAAAUGCCAAGUUUUAAGCCUAAAAUAGGCAAGCUUGGACUUCAGGUCAUUUGGAGACUUUUUUUCAGAUAAGAUGUUUUAGCUUGAAAUGAGCCAUUUUGGGUUGAAUUCACCAUAAUCUGUUCGUGGAAUAACCUGUGAGCUGUUUUUAUAGCUAAAAAUAAAAUGAAGCUAUUCACUGUUACACAUAUAUGCAGGGAUUUCAUUUAUAAAUAGCUCAAACAUUCCAGAGUAUGCAAGACAUUUUAUUAGCUCCAAAAAUAGGUUUAGAAUUUAUUUAUUUUUUUGUGUGUGGCCAGUACCUCGUGGCAUGAUAAAGCCGCAGGGUAGAAAUGGUGUUGCAGGCUGUUCAUCCUUCAAAAACACAGUAAACAUUCAAUGUGACUCUACUGAGUUAAAUGUGUGAUAAGCAAAUAUGAAUCCAUCUGAUGUUAACCAGUGCCUCCUUUUUCUCUAUCUUCCAAUGUCCUUGAACGAAGUAUAGACACAGGCUUCCAAAGUAAAAAAAAAAAAAAUAUUUUGGCAGUGGUACAACUUUGCAAAUAAAUGAGCACAUGCAAAAACAUACAGUCUGACGGCUGUAGAAGCCAGUAUUUAACCAUUUGAGUCGUUGUGUUGUUGAGCAGAUUCCUGCACAGCCGGAGUACAAUUCUGGAAUGCUUAUAUGGAGAUGUAGAGGCUUGUACAGAGUUAGCAGAAAAUCUAUAAAUCACACACUGGAAUAUGUUAUCCUUUUCUCGGUCCUAACUGUUGUGUGACAUGACUUACUUUGGUUUAUUCCUGAUCACCAAUCUACCUGAAAUCAACUUUUGAGUUAUAUUGGUUACCCUUGCAAGUGAGAUAUUUUGCUUUCUAAUUACUCAAAAACACAUGCCUUUUUCAUUACUUAUUUCAGAAAAGUUUCAACUGUUUUUUUUUUUUCUAUUCCCUCUUCUAUACCCACCUCGCCCACCCCCCCCAAACACAUGCCUGUUUGCUUGGUAGCCAUCUUCUUAAAGCUGAUCUACCAUUUUCAAGGGUAUUUGCAUAUUUUGCAAAGACCCCCCCCCCAAAAGGUGCAGAUCCAAUGUGGGUUCAGUGGCUGCGGACUGCAGGAAAGGUGAGGUUUACUUGCCUUCGGCUGUCCCUUGCAGCUGCAGCCAUGUUCACACUGCUAUACUCUGGCUCCUGAUUCUUCAGUUGCCAGGAGUCAUGCCAGUGUUGUACUCGAGAGUACAGAACUGAGGUCUAUGGAGGUCCAUAGACAGAGCCUGAAUCCCACAGCCAUCAUUUGUGAUGAAUGCUGGAUUGGACAAAAGUUGAUUGCGGAGCUUUGACUUUUGUCAAUUCUUGUUAACAGGCUUUACCAUAAAACAAACUAAUUUCAGUGAAAUUCCAAUGACAUCUUAAUCAGUAUUUCAUAUAGAAUGUCUUUAUGAAGUUCUGAAAAGUGACAAAUUCACUUUAAGCUGCCUCAUUGUUUUCUUUUUCAAAUCUUUACUGUCCAUUUUGUUGCCUAUAUCAGGGCCAAUCUUGUAGAUCUUCAAAAAAAGUUGGAGGAAUUGGACCUAGAUGAUCAACAGAAGAAGCGGCUGGAGGCCUUUCUUACCCAGAAGGCCAAGGUGGGAGAACUGAAGGAUGAUGACUUUGAGCGUAUUUGUGAACUAGGCGCUGGAAAUGGCGGGGUGGUUACAAAAGUACAACAUCGUCCCUCUGGCCUGAUUAUGGCCCGUAAGGUAAUGACCACUCUUUGAAUUUAUUAACUUAACAAUGAUGUGUGCAUACAUGUAUUGUGAAUAUAUUUAAGAACCUUUUUUAUCUAAAAGCUCACUGAUGUGCUUGUUAAAGUGGCACUGUAGGCACUAUAGCAAUAUUAUCUCAUUGAACUGGUUACAGUGCUUGGAGUUCCUUGGCACCGUCCCUCCGUUCAACCAUUUUCACGCAUAAAUAAGUGAACCUGGCCACCAACAGCCUGGCCUAUACUGCAGGUAUGGCUCAGAUAUUACACAUUUCUUUCUAACCAUACCAGUCAUGCUAGCACUGGAUGCUGUGAUUGGCUGAAAGUGUCAGCUGACCACUUUCAAACUAUCACAGCUACGUUUUGCUGCUCAGGCUACUGGUUCUUCUAUGGUUUAGCAUUAAAAUAUUAAAAACACUAAAGACACAUUAUCUUAUGAGAUGAACAAGUUACAGUGCCUACAGUGUCCCUUUAACUAAUCACCCACCAUUGAGAUUGUGAAUCUGCUUAUGUUGAUGCCAUUAAAGGAACACUCCCACCCCCAUAACAACUUCAGCUUAAUUAAAUUGUUAUGGAGCAAGCAUGUCAGGACACUGUCUAUCAUCGGGGUUAAACUGUUUUUCAGUGGUUUAAUCCCAAAGUUGGUCCCCCAGCUCCCAACUUUCUACCUGCUCUUUCUUUUUCUCGGCCACUACAGUUAACAGGAAGGUUUGCAGUGAUAGGUUGAGAGUGUCAGCUGAUGCUUGCAAGCGAUCAGUGGCUACUCUUUAAGUGUUAUAGUAUGUACUGCAGGGAUCAAACAUUUUUCUGACUCCUCCUGUUUGUAUUUUAUAAACUACACAAACACAUGUAAAAGUUAUUGUAAACCCUAGGAUUGCAAUCCACAUUUGGUUUCAUCAGCUAUUUCAACAGUCUUCCAGUCCAAAAGGCCACUUGCUGAACCGGGGAAAAAACAUCCGGCUGCGUAUGGGGCCAUUCGACCUUGCAGAAUCCAGUCAUUGUUUACUCUAUUUAACAAUCUUUGAAUUAGAUUCACUCACACUCAGACCAUGAAUUUAGAAAAUCCAUAUUAUUUGCCCGUUGGCUGAGGGUACAUAGUUAAAAUCCUACGGGGCUGCGUCGGGUAAAAUGUGGAGGCUGGCAAGUGAGUUAAAAAAAGUAAAAAGAAAACUUUAUUAAUAAUGUACAUGGGUCAAAAAGACACCUAUAUUAUAACAAAGGUUUUUAAACCACCUUAUACACCCUCCUGUCAUACUAGUUGGGGGUAAAUAUGCUAAAUAUUUAAAACUCUGGGGAUGGGGCCUGCUAAUUAACAGGGAGUAGUGGGGCUUCAGGUGGGGGACAUAAAGGCAAAAUCAGGUGUUUUAGUGAAUAAUCCUGAAAGUAUUACUCAUCUCUGCAUCAUGACUGUGCAUUUAAAGGGACAAUCCAAACAUUGUAACCACCACGGCGCAUUUUAUUGGUUAUGAUGCCAGGAGCCCCUUUAUGACCAAGCACACUAACCAAUCGUACCAUUUACUCUCUUGGCAGCACCUAAUCUCUGACUGCGUAGUUUUACAUUCUGUUUUUACAUGAUUUAUCUGUCCCUUUUACAUUUGUUCAAUAGUUUGCAUAUAAUGUUAAUGCUCAGCCUCUAACGUUUCCUCUUCACCGUGCUCUGCUCUUCCUUCUGAAGUGUACAUUUAUCUGUAAUUUGGUUGCUUCCCUAUUUCCAUAUUGUCUUAUUGUGAAACUGUUAAAAUAUUCUUACACUAUUUCUACGUCUUGCAGUUGAUUCACCUUGAGAUCAAACCUGCGAUCCGGAACCAGAUUAUAAGAGAACUGCAGGUUUUGCAUGAAUGUAAUUCCCCAUAUAUUGUGGGGUUCUAUGGUGCUUUUUACAGUGAUGGAGAGAUCAGUAUCUGCAUGGAGCAUAUGGUGAGAAAUUUAAACCAUCUCAUUCACUCAUUCUAUGCACAAUCCAUGUCUUUUAUUCGUCUGCCUUUUGGUUUAGAUGGUAAAAAGCCGCUUUUUUGUAUUAAUAGGACGGUGGGUCAUUAGAUCAAGUACUAAAAGAAGCUCGACGUAUUCCAGAGGAGAUUCUGGGAAAGGUCAGCAUUGCAGUACUACGUGGACUUGCGUACCUCAGAGAGAAACAUCAGAUUAUGCACAGAGGUGAAAACCCCUGAAUUGCCUUAGAACUAAAUACUAUUACUUGGGAAAAUAGCUCUUCCUAAUUGCCUUGUUUCUUUCCUUCAACAGAUGUGAAACCUUCCAAUAUCCUGGUCAACUCUCGUGGUGAGAUCAAACUGUGUGACUUUGGAGUCAGUGGUCAGCUUAUAGACUCCAUGGCAAACUCUUUUGUUGGGACCAGAUCCUAUAUGUCUGUGAGUAUUUGAAUAUGUGAGAAGAUGGAAAUUAGGUGUAAAUACUAUUGCAGAUAAAUACAUAUAUUUACUGUGACCUCACCACAGUCCCCUUUCUUAUAUUCUUUUCUACAUCUUUCUCUUAUAAAGCCGGAACGAUUACAGGGUACACAUUACUCUGUGCAGUCGGACGUUUGGAGCAUGGGUCUGUCACUGGUGGAGCUUUCAAUUGGAAGAUAUCCUAUUCCUCCUCCAGAUAUAAAGGAGUUGGAGGCCACGUUUGGUCGGCCAAUGCUCGAUGGAGCUGAAGGCGAAUCUCACACUAUCUCCCCCCGACCAAGACCUCCUGGAAGGCCAAUCAGUGGUAAAAUAUCUUUUACACAAUUGUUGUACUGCUUUUUUAGCCUUAUGUAUUGUCCCACUCUUUAUCUUUUACUUAAUGCCUUCUUUUUUAUUUAUUUUCUGUUUUCAUAGGUCACGGAAUGGAUAGUCGACCAGCUAUGGCUAUAUUUGAGCUCUUGGAUUACAUUGUAAAUGAGGUGUGUUAUAUCUAUAUUUUGUCUGCUAGGUUUUGAUGCUCAUAAAUAAUUAAAACAUUUUUUGAUAGAACCUAUGACCCUAUAGAAUAGACAAUUAAGUUAUAUGAAAUUGUUUUUAAUCCACAUUUCUCGGUUGAUCUAUUGCAUGUUAUAAUUUUAAUUGUUGCUUUGUGCUUGUUUUAAAUUAACCCCUACCAGCCACAGGAUCAUCAGAUAAGAGUAACAGAAUACCAAAUUCAUUGCUACUUCCUAAACUAGACAGAGAUCACUGCAAAAGCUGGAAUCUUUAAAGGAACACUCUCUAAGCACCGAAAUGACUUUAGUGAUCCUUUAAGUCGUAUGCCACACCUGUGAGGUGAAUGGAUUAUCUCAGCAAAGGAGAAAUAGCCUUUUUGUGUUUUAUAGAAAAAGUCUUAGAUGUUUAAGUUCAGCUCGUGAAAAAUGGGGGCAAAAACAAAAGUGUUGCGUUUAUAAUUUUGUUCAGUGUAGUUGCAUUUACAUUAAAGGGUCACUCUAAGCACCACAAAGAAGUUUUGGUGUAUGGAUCAGGCCCCCACAAUCUCACUGCUCAAUUCUCUGCCAUUUACAAGUUAUAUAACUUUGUUUAUGUAGCCCUAGACCCACCUUUCCUGACUGCAAAGAAACAGUCACCAGUGAAAAAAAUGCAAACUUUAGAAGUUUAUAUCUCCUGAACUUUGACCACACACAGGAUGCUGUUGCAGGAGAUAAAUUCUAAAUUAAACACAUUAUGCAGUAAGGUAAGCUUAUUGAGGGAGUGUGCUGGGAGGCUGUGUGAGUCACAUGCAGGAAAGGUGUGGCUAGAACUGCAGAAAGUUAUUUAACUCCCUAGAUGGCAGGUAAUUCAGCAGUGUCCAUGAGCUAUACAUCAAAACCACUUCAUUAAGUUAAGGUUGCAUUAGAGCUUUAAGGGUAAAUAUCUUUGAUAGUCAGUAAAGUUUCUACUGUACAAAAAUGUAAAAAAACAACUAAAUGUGAACAAAGUGGGUAGUAUCAACAAAAAUAUUUAAGACACCCCCAUCCUAUUAAUGUUUGCGGGGGUGGGGGUGGGGGGAGGAAUCUGAUUUGCCUGUAUUGUAAGUUAUUAAGUGUCAUCAGAUCUUUUAAAAGCGAAUAUCUUUCAUCCUGGUGUGUCAGCAUUUAUCUCUAUUUUUGUUUGUGUUACAUAUUUUCAAGAGAUUGUAUCUCUGUACAGUAGAAUACCAUGUGUAAUUAUUAGUUAAUGGUCUUUCCUGCGCUACUGUCUCUUUGAAAUCUUCCCACUUUUUGAAACGCCAUUUUACUCUCCACAGCCUCCUCCGAAACUCCCAUCUGGAGUAUUCUCCCCAGAUUUUCAAGACUUUGUACAUAAAUGGUAAGAUAGGAGGAAUUAUAUAUGAAUGAAUUGUUGGUAUUUCUUUUAUUUUUUGCUUGGGUUAACUUCUACAAUGAUUUUUUUUUUUUUAUAUAUACAUUUCAGUCUAAUAAAGAAUCCAGCUGAAAGGGCAGAUUUGAAGAUGUUGAUGGUGAGUAAUGCUUGUUGUAAUUGUAAACCGAUUAUAUACCCAUAUUUUUUUCUAUUUUAAUUAAAGGGAAAUUCCAGUGCCAGGAAAACAAUCCGUUUUCCUGGCACUGCAGGUCCCUUCUCCCUCCCACCCCCCCCAAUCCCCGGUUGCUGAAGGGGUGAAAACCCCUUCAGUUACUUACCAGAGACAGCGACAUGUCCCACGUCGCUCUUUCUCCCGGUGAUUACGUCGGCCGGUGGGUGAGACUGAUACCGGCCAGGGAGACCUAAUGCACAUGCGCGGCAAUGCCGCUCAUGCACAUUAGAGCUCCCCAUAGGAAAGCAUUGAAAAUGCUUUUCAAUGCUUUCCUGUGGGGAAAUGAGCGACGCUGGAGGUCCUCACACAGCGUGAUGACGUCCAGCUACGCUCUAGCACAGGUUUUCUGUGCUAUGAUGCAGGAAGAGCUCUCUAGUGGCUGUCUAGUAGACAGCCACUAGAGGUGGAGUUAUCCCUGCAAGGUAAUUAUUGCAGUUUAUAAAAAAAAAAGAAAAAAAAAAGAAAAUGCAAUAAUUACACUUGCAGGGUUAAGAGUAGUGGUAGAUGGCACCCAGACCACUCCAAUGGGCAGAAGUGGUCUGGGUGCCUGGAGUGUCCCUUUAAUUAUUACAAAGUGAACCUGUCAUCCAAAAAUCUUGUAGAUGACAAGGUCACAUUCAGGUAAGUAUAGAUGAAAUUUUCAGAUGGCAGUGGUGAACUGGCCAGGAGAUCUAGAGAUUAAAAGACUUGCUUAACUAAAGUUUGCUUCUUCCACACAACACUGCAGAUGUAGACACCCAAAGGACAAGGUCAUCGUGCACAUGCACAGUAGGAUUUGUGAGGUUCUGCCAAUUCACUUAAAAGCAUAGUAAACUGCCAUCACUCCCAAAGGUACAGACAGACACACACAUACACACCUCAUUCUUUGACAUUUCUCUUCUUCAGCUGAAGCUCACUGAUUAUGCCCCAUCCUCCAUUUAUCUCUCAUCUGCUAUUUUUCUCUUCUAACUUGACAUCGUUUUCUGGACUUUCUUUUCUCCUUCACCGUGUAAUGUAAACUAUUGAUCAUUAUCCAGGACAAGUCGCCUCAAUGCUUUGACACCAUAUUUUAACAGAACACUCUGGGCACCAAUAAAUGUUUUGCAGAAUGCUACACCAUAAGCUGCCUCCUUAGCCACGUCACCUCAUGCCAAAAAUACUUCCUUAUCAAAUGUAUGAGCACAGUCUCAGCCCCAACAGUAGUGAGUGAGUGGCUUUAAUUCACAACCUAUCUGCACAUAGUUAGAGAGAAACUACAAACUGGUAGUGCUAUCCUUACUAUAAACCUCUAUUGCAGGUGGUCCUCUCCUUCUAAUGCAUGUUGUUAAGUACUGUUCGUGGCUUUACUGUGUGCAUACCUUAGAUAAGGAAGUAUUUUUCUGGAGUGAGGGGGCAUGGCUUAAAAGGCAGGCUUAUGGUUCAGCAUUCUGCAGCACAUUUAUUGAUGCCCUGAUUGUCCAUUUUAUGUUUACUCUUUUCUGCUUUUUUGUACAUAUUUGAAAUGUAAAGAUUAAAAAAAUAACACACCCACAGGGGAAUCAUCCUCCCAUAAGAUGAUUGUUCAAAGCCAUUGCUGAUGGUGUUUAACAUUAAUUUUCCAUAUAGCUUCACUUUAGAUGGAUAACAUCUUCUUUAAGAAAAAUAGAAUCUCUGUUCCUGCUCUAAAGUGUUUUUAAAAUGUGGCGGAAGAGAGAAACCAAAUACUCUGUUUGCUAUCACUGCUUUUAAAGGUGGGACAAAAUCAAGUGUUCUGUAUCUGGAUGUGGAAGGCCAUGAGUACAAGGAGAGCUAUAUAUUUUUUUACAUUUUUAUUUUUUUUUGUCAAACUUCUCCAGAAUGGUUUGACGUACAAGCAGGAGAAUGCACCAAUAGUCUAUUUGUACACUAUUCCAUCUUGAUUGGAUGAACUGGUAUUUAAUAGUUUGUGGAAAAAUCUAUUUUUUCUGUAUCGUAAGUAGCCUUUUACACUAUGCUCGAUGAUUGUAUUUUAUUCACAAAAUCGUUAAAUUGCAUACGUGUGGGCAUAAAACGUAGUUCCUAGUUGACCAGAUUAGGAGAAAUCAUUUAGAAACUGUCAAUUUAAGGCUUUGUUUUUUUUCUGCUUACAGAUACAUACGUUCAUAAAACGAGCUGAAAUCCAAGAAGUUGAUUUUGCUGGCUGGUUGUGUAAAACCCUGGGUCUGCGACAGCCUAGCACCCCAACUCGUUCUGCAGUCUGAUUACAUAUCCAAACCAUAUCAGCCUGACUGGCCCCUAAGCUUUCUCACCUCUUCUUUAUGGGGGAUUGCUAGACAUACAGUGAAUAAGAGGGCAGCGCAUUGACCACCUUGUACAGCCCAUUACUCUUAAUCUUAUUGACUCUGCUGUGUGUAUACAUGUACGCACACACAUUUGUUUGUGGAUACAUACUGAUCUCCAUCUGCAAAGAUACAUCUGUGUAUGUAUGUAUGCUUGUCGGUUCCACAUAGUUCUGUGGCAGAUGUGUUUUUGCAAUGAUCAUUAUGGAUUUGCAUUGAGCUGUGCACUAACGUCAAGAGACUGACAACAAGCCAAGGGUAGAGAUGAUCCAGUUUUGGGUGGUGGUGCAUUCUUUGUGUCUUUGCUUCUCUUUGUCACUAAAUUGGCCACUUCUUGGGAUUUAAAUCCACAGGAAGAUAGAAUGUGAUAUUUUAUUUAGUACUGAGUUGAACUGUAUGGGUAUUAAUGACACCACUAUACUCAAAAGAUCUUUGGAGCCCAUGGUUGCAAUUUCCACCCGUGAAGGCCCUUCAAUGCAGGUACAUAUCACUCUGAAUCACUGAGUUUCUUGGAAAUAAAUAUUAUAUUAAAAUUGUGUUUACUAGUUUCUAUACUUUUGAGUAGUGUGCUCCUGUGUUAAAUUUUAAUAUUUUGUACAUAACAGUACAGGAAUAUACAUCAAAAUUGUGCAAAAGUAAGGUUUUAUAUAUUCUACAGUGUGGGUGUUCCACAAUACAUGUCCAAUUGACUUUUGUUCACGUGCAACUUCUUAUGAAACUGUAGUUUGUAUCUCUCUCUGUUUUAUUUUUUUAUUUUUUUUGUAUUUUAUUUUUUUUCUUCUUUUAAAAACUUAUGGAACUGUUUAGCUGUUGAUGUAAUAUUCUGCCACAUUGUUAUGUAAGGCUGCACCAAUUUGAAUAACGCCACUCAAAAGGACACUAUAUACACUGUAACUGCUUCAUCUUCUUGAAGUGGUUACAGUAUCUGGAGUGUCCUGGUGUGUUCCCAGUAGCCCAUACUCUCUGUGCUGCUCGGGCUAAUGAAAAAGCAUUAGCUUGAUUGGUGUCACAGUUAGCCAUUGCUGGUAUGAAUUGGUGAGAGUGUGAUCUUUGCCCUAGCCAUACCUCCACUAGGUGUUGGGCUGUGGUUAGCCAUUGACCAUUAUUCAGUGUUAAACGUCUUGAACAUGUUUUAACGUUGAAUGGAAGAACAGUACCAGUGACCUCAAACUAUAACAAAUUCAAUGAGGUGGAAUGUUCAUAGUGCCUGGAGUGUUCCUUUUAAGACUUGAGUUCCAAAAAUUUAAAAAUAAUCCGUGAUCGACUCCCAUCCCAGUUCUUUGUUUUAUCAGCACACUUUAUGGAUAGCACUCUCUUUUGACAUUUGUUUCUGCAUAGUAAUCCAGUAUAAAAGAUUACCAUUCAUACUGAUAAAAGGCAUUCCAAUUGAAUAGGUUCUGUCUGAGACAAUGUCACAAGCUCGUAAUGGUGGCCAAAAAAAUGUGAAAUUUAGGAAACUCUUGUGAUUGGGUGAAUCAGCUGGCCCCCCCACCCUUGGCUGAGGUCAUCCAUCUUGAUGAUAUCAGCCUAUCCAUAGCAAGGCAUGGGUAGGUGAGUGUGAAUCUGCUGCAAUGGCGCUACUCCAAGCUGUCCCUCUCUAUGCAGAAGCACCUCUUGUGGCUGUCAAUAUGACAGCAACUAUAGAAGCAUUAAAACCUGCAUGCUUUAGAUUGUGGGGUAAAAAUGAGAGGGACAUGGCAUCCAGAUAACAUCAAGGUGAUGAAGUGGUCUGGUUGCCUAUAUUGUCUUUUUAAGGAACCUGCUCGAGGGAAGAGAAAAACACUUGACAAAUUUAAUUUUAAAAGGGGAAAUGCAGAAACCUAAUGCAGGGCUUUGAUCCAAAAUUGGUCUAAAGGAAUUAAGCACCACAAAACAUUAAUGUAUAAAGCGUUUGGCUGUUUUGUUUGGAGGAGGGACUAUGGACCAUUGUGUGUCUACUACAAGUUGCAGAAAGGCCCGAACCAUGCUCAGUCCCAGAGACACAUGGUAAGGAUUUCAAGGCGGGAUAGAAUUAAAGAUCUUGGUGCUACCCUGAGGCAAAGACAUUCAGCAUUCAAGACUCAUUGCAGAACUGGGACCAGGCAUUGUGAAACAACCACCUCUACCUCCCACAGCAAUAGGGGCUAGAUAGGAAGAAGUUUCAUGUGUAUUAGCAGAGAGAGCACUAGAGGAAGGGAUGAACUUCUGAUCUUCUCUGUGCUUUUAUAGCACGAUUGAAAUGUCCAAUCUGAGCACCAACUCUCUCUCCUAAGAAGGGAAAAUGCUUUUGCCCGCAGGUACAACUAUGGUAAUGACAUCUUAACCAGAGCAAAAUAAAUUUAGGCCCUGAAAUAUGAUAGUCGUUGAGCUUUGGUCAGGAUCCUAUACAAAUAAAUCUGCAAAAUAUAAUACCAGGUGCACUCUCAGAAUAUUAAGGGAAGCAUCUACACCAUGGGUAGUCAACCUGGUCCCUACUGCCCACUAGAAUGGUGGUGGGUACUGCAGAAAAUGCCCAUUGGGCCUCGAUGGCCAUGGACCAAGGCUGGCAGGGGAGAUCCUUUUAUCUCCCCUUCUGGCCCAUGCUAGCCAGCCUUGCUGUAAACCCUCAUCUUCCUCACUGGCCACCUGGCACUUGGUUCCAGCAGAGGAAGGGAAGGGCCUCGAAAGCUCUGUAUUCUUCCCGCAAGCUUAUUGGUUGGAGUGUUGCCACGCGUUAGUCUUAUAUCCCACCUCCCUCGUAAAAGGUAAGAAGAAGGGAGGGAGACAUUAAGAUGGAUUUUCACAUCUCACCCACCUACACACAGCGUAGACCCUAUGCACUCUUCACACACACUACAGCACCUCUCACACACACUACACCCUUCACGCACAAACACACACAGUACUCUUCACACAGAGAAAAAAGUAAUAGGGAAAAAAUAGAUACAUUUAAGUACAUAUUUUUUGGGGCGCUAUAAAAUUAGUUACUGUGGCAUUGGUGGGCGGUAAGCAAAUUUUGCCAUCAACAAAGAUACAAAAGUGGGCGGUAGAUAUUAAAAGGUUGACUACCCCUAAUCCUACACAAAGUAGAAGAAAGUCGGUGACACUUCACCGAACAAGUAAUAGGUACAACAUUACAACAUAUCCUUAAAAGGUGGCCUUGUCCUGAGAAGGAUUGGGACUUGUCUUAGAGAUAGGAGAUGGCACCAUCUUCCACAUAUUCCCUUGUGGGGUGUAUAUAUAAUACAAGUGUUUAAAUAGUUAAGCAAGCAAGAGAAGGGAGGCAGUAUUUACUCCCAGACUUUAGCAACAAUGGACAUGGCAUUGCAGAUAUGACAUUUGUGUGAGCUAGGCAAGUUUUCACUGAUCACCUUAUCCACUACAUGCCUCUUGAGAGUGUGACAUUGAGGUAUUCAUAAGGUGGCAGGGUAUGUGCUCUAAGCAGAAUUAAAGCAAAGACUCGCUCAGCCACUUAUGAUCCUCACAAGAAGCAUCAGAGUAUGUGUCUAAUUCAUGAAAAUAAUUUAGCCAUCAUAUGAGGAGCUCCUUCCACAGCUUCUGUGUGAACCCUCAAAAAGGGGUCUGGGGAGUGUGACAGAGGCAGUGCCUACAGCAGGCAAAUUAUGAGUAGUAGUCAAAACAUGGGCAGAAAUGGCCGUGUAAACUUUGUCAGAGACAAAGAGACAUAGGUUAUCCACUACAGACACAACACUAAAAGCACUGACAGGUGACAUGAAUAACGUGAGUAUUGCAGUGUGCAUAGAUACCUUUCUCAUUAGAAUAACAGUGCUUAAAAGACAAGCUUUUGAGCGUUUUCCUCUCUAGCUCAGUUGUGAAGCAAUACUGAUCAAUAUGAUCGAGUUUAACAUAUAAAACAACUGGUGCCUAUCCUCCGUAACCUCUGUCUACGAGACUCUGCACGUUCCUGGUUCUCCUGUUACCUCUCCCAGCAGGGCCGGACUGGGAGAAAAAUUCGGCACGGGCAUUUUUUCACCACAGCGGCACACUAAGAAGGGGGCGGUGCAUAGGAGGUGUGUUUUGUCAUCACCAAUGACAAACAUGCCCCCUCUCAAAGUGAGCAUGUUGGUUCAAUGCUCUUCCAGGGCAGACCAUGCGCAGAGCUCUGCUGAAGAGCUCCAGCAUGAGAAAAAAGCCCUGUAUUUGUUCUGCACAGUGCAAGCAAAUUUAAUAACAUGCUAGCACUGUGUUUCCUUGCAACUUGUCUCUGGUGUCUCUAUAAAUGGAUACCAGGAGACAAAAAUGCCAGGAAAGAGUAUUGUGCAUGUGUUUGGAGCCUGCUUGUGGUAUUGUGUAAUAAGGUUAGUCAUGUUGUGUUUGUGGUGUAAUGUGAUGCAUAUGUGGCUAGGGGCUGUAGAGAAUGUGUGUAUAGGGGAUAUAGCAAGUGUGUGCAUACAGGCUAUAGUGUUUGUGUGUGUGUGUAUAUAGGGGUGUAGUAUGUGUUUGCUUACAAGGAAUCUAGUAUGUGUAUAUUUUUAUAUAUAUAUAUAUAUAUAUAUGGAAGUAUUGUGUAUGUGUGUGGUGCAGUGUGUUGGGGGGGGUUCUGUGUGUCUGUGAGGGGUGCAGUGUGUGUGUGAGGGUGCGGUGUGUGGUGUGAGAGAGUGUUGGGUGUGAGAGUGUGCUGUGUGUAAUGGGUGAGAGUGCUGUGUGUGAUGGGUGAGAGAGUGCUGUAUAAAUGUUAGAAUGAAUUGUGUGUGUUUGUAGGGGGGGGGUAAAUAAACUAAGCAGGCAUUAUGUCCCCCCCCUUCUUACCUUUAGCCUGGGAGGAGGGGGGGACCGGCACACUGGUGACUGGGAGGUGGGGUGGUAGUGUUCCCUGGUGGUCCUCGUGGUGAGGGAACUCUAGCCCGCAUAGCCUGUGGGGCUAGAGUUCACUCUCGUGAGAUCCGGUCGUUGCCAUGGCAAUGCGCCGGAUCUCGCGAGAGUAACCCGGCGGAGCUCUAAGUUAGAGCUCCGCCGGGUCCUCUCUCCUGGCUGUCUCCCUCCCUCUCUCCCCGCCAGCGGCAGCAGUAUCCUGCAUGUGGGCUGGUGAGGGAGAUAUUUGAUCUCCCCACCGGCCCGCCAUGGACUGCUGCAGGACCGGCGCUCGGAUAGUGCCAGCCCUGCAUUGACCGGCAAGGGAGAUCCUGGGACCUCCCCUGCUGGCCUCGGCCCAUGGACAUCGCGGCCCACCGGGCAUUUGCCCGGUGUGCUCGAUGGCCAGUCCGGGCCUGUCUCCCAGUGCUCUUUCGGGGUUUCUUUUUCUGUCUCUUCCUCUCCUCCGCAGCCCAUCUCUGUCUGUGUUCCCCAAGGUUUUGUCCUUGGUCCCCUACUGUUCUCAAUCUAUACUACCUCCUUUGGUAAACUCAACGGCUCCUUUGGCUUUCAAUAUAAUUUCUAUGCCGAUGUCUAUAGUUGAGCAAACCCGGACUGUAAAGUUCGGGUUCAUACUGAACAUUAUGUUUUUUGGACCCCAGACCCGAACACGGACAUUUCAAUGUAUGUUCGGGUCGGAGUUCGGUGUUCGGCGAUUUAAUGGUGCAUUUGCAAAGUCUGCAGGGCAGCCAAUCAACAAGCGUUUGACUUGUGUGCCCUUAGAAGCCAUCACAGCCAUGCCCUCUAAUGGCAUGGCUGUGAUUGGCCAGUGCAGCAUGUGACCCAGCCUCUAUAUAAGCUGGAGUCGCGGAGCUCUUAUUAGUGUAGGGAGAGGAUGCUGCAGCUGUGAGGGACAGCUUAGGAAAGAAUUCUGCAAACUAGGACAUUAGUGGGGUGCACUUCAUAUCUGAGAGUCAAAUACUGCGGUUACAUCAGAGUUCUAAAAAGUCAAUUUUUUGGGGUGCUAAAUAGUACAUUAGUGGGGUGCACCUCAUAUCUGAGAGUCAAAUAGAAGUGUCAAAUACUGCUGUCACAUUGCAGUUUUAAAACUUAAAAUGUUUUGGGUGCUAAACUGCUAAAUAGUAUUUUAGUGGGGGUGCACUUCAUAUCUGAGAGUCAAACAGAAGCGACUAAUAGUGUGCUUACAGCGCAGUGGUAAACAUUCUAAUUGUUUUGCUGCUAAUCUGCUGAAUAGUACACUUUGGGGCCUGCUCUUCAUAUCUGAGAGUCAAAUCGAAGCGUCUAAUAGUGCGCUUACAGCGCAGUGGUAAACAUUCUAAUUGUGUUGCUGCUAAUCUGCUGCUUACAUUGGAGUUUUAAAAAGUAAAAAUUUUUUUUUUUUUGGUGCUAAAUAGUAAAUUUGGGGUGUGCACUUCAUAUCUGAGAGUCAAAUAGAAGCAUCUAAUAGUGUGCUUACAGUGCAGUGGUAAACAUUCUAAUUGUUUUGCUGCUAAUCUGCUAAAUAGUACAUUUUGGGGCCUGCUCUUCAUAUGUAUGGGCCAACCAGUGUCUGUAAAAACAAAAACAAAGUUUUACCGGUUACAUUCAUGACUACACACUCUAGUGAACAGGACCUUCAUGUAGUGUUCUUUUUUUUUUUUAAAUCAUACAGCAUCCUUUCAUGUGCUUUUCAGAUGUCAUAUUGUUAAUUACCGAUUUUUGUUUAGCCUGAUUUUUUAUUUUAUUUUUUAAAGUGAAAAAUAAGUGUUAUUGUGAUCGCUUCAUAUACAGAAGCAUUAAUAUACAUUUCUAUAUUGUGUAAAGACACAACUACAAAGUUAAAAACCAAACACCAAAACAACGUGCCAGACAAUCUACCUGUGCAUGGCUAGUGUGAUACAAUAAGUCUACAUCUUAACCCCUUAAGACUGGAGGACGUACUAUUACGCCCUAUUAUAGGCGGCUCUAAACGCCGCCGGGCGUAAUAGCACGCCCUCCGGUCUUUCUUUACUUACCCGGUCACCGGCGGUAGUCCCCCUGCUGGCUGGAAAUCAAAUUAAAUAAAAUUAAUAAAGUGUAAAAAAAAAAAUUAUAUACUUAGAUCAUAUAUAUAUGAUAUAUAUAUGAUCUAAGUAUAUAUAUAUAUAUAUAUAUAUAUAUACACAUAUACAUACACACUCAUACACUGUCUAGGUGUAUUUUACUAUUAAUAUAUAUAUAAUUAUAUAUAUAUAUAUUAAUAUCAAAUUACACGUAGACUGAUGCUGAUUAAAUAUAUAUAUAAUUAUUGUUAUAUAUAUUUAUAUUUAAUAUAAAAAAAUAUGUAAAUACGUUAAAAAAUAAAAUUAAAAAUAAAUAAUUAAAACAUAUAUAGAUGUGUUUUUUCAUUCUAACUGUAUUGUGAUAUUACUAUAUAUUUAUAUCAAAAUACACGUAGAACGAAAUAAUAUAUAUAUCUAUAUACAUAAAUAUAUACGUAUAUAUCACUAUAUAUAAAUAAAAAUAUUAAUAUAACAUACGUAUAUAUAUUAAUUCUACAUAUAUAUUUAUGUAAUAUUUUUACAUAAUUAGGUAUCUUUAUUAAUUACAAUUAGCGGGACCUGCCUGACAACCCAUGCCGAAAGUAAAGGGAAUUUAGUUUGCUAGCACUAUAUUUAACCCUACAACUUUCCAAGACACCAUAAAACCUGUACAUGGUGGGUACUGUUCUACUCGGGAGACUUCGCUGAACACAAAUAUUAGUGUUUCAAAACAGUAAAAUGUAUAACAACAAUGAUAUCGCCAGUAAAAGUGAAGUUUUUUGCAUUUUUCACGCACAAACAGCACUUACACGGACGAUUUUAUUGCUGCGAUACUUUUUACUGUUUUGAAACACAAAUAUUUGUGUUCCGCGAAGUCUCCCGAGUACAACAGUACCCCUCAUGUACAGGUUUUAUGGUGUUUUCAAAAGUUACAGCGUCAAAUAUAAGGCUUGUGUUUCAUUUUUUUCACAUUAAAAUUCGCCAGAUUGGUUACGUUGCCUUUGAGACCCUAUGGUAGCCAAAGAAUGAAAAUUACCCCUAUGAUGGCAUACCAUUUGCAAUAGUAGACAACCCAAGGUAUUGCAAACAGGGUAUGUCCAGUCUUUUUUAGUAGCCACUUAGUCACAAACACUGGCCAAAAUUGGCGUUUUUUGCAUUUUUCACACACAAACAAAUACUAACGCUAACUUCGGCCAGUGUUUGUGACCAAAUGGCUACUAAAAAAGACUGGACGUACCCCAUUUGAAAUACCUUGGGUUGGCUACUAUUGCAAAUGGUAUGCCAUUAUGGGUGUAAAUUUCAUUCCUGGGCUAAUAUACAGUCUCAAAGGCAACGUAACCAAUCUGGCGAAUUUCACUUUCAAAUGUAACGUGUUAUAUUCAACCCUGUAACUUCCCAAAACGCCAUAAAACCUGUACAUAGGGGGUACUGUCUUACAUGUGAGACUUUGCUGAAUACAAAUAUGUGUAUUUUAUUGCAGUAAAAGCAAACAGUAUUAUGACAUUGACAGUUAAAAUGUCAUGUGGAACUAAAACAUUUUUUAAAAAAAUCUUAUUUUCUCCCAUUUUUUUCAUAUUGAAUUAUGUUUCAUAGCUAAAUAUUUGAUAUUAAAUAAAAGCCCUGUUUCCCCUGAAUAAAAGGAUAUAUAAUAAGGGUAGGUGCCUUUAAUAUGAAAGAGGUGAAUUACAGUUGGACAGACAUGUAGCGCAGAUGCCAGGUUUUUUUUUUUAAAUUCUUUAUUUUUGCGUGACAUGAACAGUGACAUGGCAAAUACAUUUUAGCUUUCGCAGAAGCUCCCACACAAUAGCGUAAGCUAAUCCCUUUUCCCUCCCAGAAUAGGUCCCAGAGGUGGGGUAGCUCCAAGGCUAAGUGUCACCGACCGCCACGGUUAUACCAUAUAUAUGCCUAAUUGUAUAGUCGCUGUAAUGUGUGCCCUCUCCUUUAUCCUAUGCACUGCCAAUGAAUGUACCCACCCUCGAGUGCAAGACUAUUAGGCUGCUGUCGUCUGUUGCCUGUCUACCCUCCUGACUACUAGGUUCAGCCCCCUUCCGCUGCACUCGCUGCACUCUCCCGUCUUGCCUCCAUCUGCUGCAUGUGGAAUAUGCUGCUGGCACUCUCUACUAGGCCAAAAUCCAAAUCUCCCAAGAGGGAAUCAGAGAAAAACAAGAAGAAACAAGAAAAAGGAUAGAGAAGAGAGAGGAGUCCUUAGGUGGCCCUGGGCCCCAGCCCGGGAGGCCGAGGGGCGGGGGAGAGGAGGCCGGGGAGCAAGGGCCCAGUUACACCAGGAAAAAAAACCGCCCCUCCAUCACCUCAGGACCUACUCCACCUUCUCUCUACUCCCCCCAAGCUCACACCCACCUCGGUCUAUUUCCUAGGUUCCGUCCCGUCCACCCCCGUCUACCCACUAGGACCCAUCCCACGGCUCCCACACUCUCUGAAAAGUCCAAGAGGUGCCCCUAACCCUAGCCAUAAGAUCAUCCAUCACCCGCAUGUCUUUAAUCCUCUCUAUCACACUCAUAAUCUGCGGUAACUCCUGUUGCAGCCACCUAAGGGCCACCGCCUGUCUGGCUGCUAACGUGAUCUUAUGGAGUAGCCGUUGCUCCCUUCGCAUCCACCCCUCAACUGAUCUGCUUAGGAGGUAUACCCAUGGAUCUAACGUGGGUGCCCCGAAAAAAACCUGUCGCACCAGGCUAUGCACUUCCCCCCAAAACUGCCCUACUCUGGGGCAUUCCCACCACAUGUGGUAAUACGUUCCCUUAGCCCCGCAGCCCCUCCAACACAAAUCCGACGUUGUUUUAUGCAUUUUGUACAGGGUAACGGGGUGGAGUACCAGCGAAACAGUGUUUUAAACGCUUGCUCCUGGUGCCGUACGCAGACUGAGGAGGUGUUAUUCGCCUCCCAUAUCUCCUGCCGUUCAACCCCCUCUAGCUCUUCUCCCAAGUCCUUAUCCCAUCUCUCGGUAUAUGCUAAGCCCCCCCAUUCCCCAGACUCCGUGCAAAAGUGCAUAUACAGUGUGGAAAUCAGUCGUUUGGGUAUGUUUUCUGAAUUACACAUGCGCUCUAAAAAGGUCAGAGGUUUUAUCGCUGCUUCCUUUAUAUGUGGUUGGGCUGCAAAAUCUCUGAUCUGUAUAUAGCGGAAAAAAUCUGUCGGUGUCAGAUGCCUGCCCUGUCGAAGCUCAUCGGAUGAAACUAUUUCGGCGCCCCGAUAUAAGUGGUGAAGCCUUUGUAGGCCCACUCUUUCCAAAUUGCGAAAAUUUCGCGCCUCUACGCCUGGAUAAAAAGCUUUAUUACGUAAGAUGGGCGCCAGGGGAGACGGGGAGGACGCCAACCCAUAUUUCGUCCCAUAAUUUUCCCACAACCUGAGGGAAUUCGCCACCGCAGGGCAUGCUGCCCUAGACAGGAGUCUAUUCUCCCUUGGGGUCCACAUGACAAAUUGGGGUAGAUCUAUCCCUGACAUGAGCGUCUCAAUUUCCACCCACUUCCGCUCAUCUAGUGGUGAAUGCCAGAGCGCCACCUGGGACAUUUGGGCUGCUAAAUAGUAGAAAAACUAAUUCGGAAGUCCCAGGCCCCCUCUCCGUUUAGAGUGGUACAGGACAUAUCUCGAGACCCGUGGUCUUUUAUUUUGCCAAAUAAAACGACCAAUAGCUUGUUGGAUUGGUGCCAAUUGGGCCUUCGACAAGUGUAUGGGUAUUGCCUGGAACAUAAACAGUAUCCUAGGGAGGACAUUCAUUUUUAUAGCGUGGAUUCGCCUAUCCACGAUAUGGGCUUAUCUAGCCAUGUUUCUAAGUCUUUGAAUACGGUUCUCCACAAGGGCGCAAAAUUGCAGUAAGGCUUAUCCCCAAAUAUUUAAGGGCCUCUCUCUCCAUCUGUAUAUUGUAUGUACGGUGUAUGUUUUCUAUGUCAGAUUGAGUCAUGCUGAUCGGGAGGGCGCUGGAUUUUGCCAUGUUGGCCCGAUAGCCCGAGAGUUCCCCAUACUCCCGCAACCUCUCCCCCAAGGCCGCCAUGGACCCCUCCGGAUCCGUCAACGUCAAGAAGACAUCGUCCGCAUAUGCCGCUGCCACAAACUCUCUCCCCCCCACUCUAACCCCCUGUAUGUUGGGGUCCUGACGAAUUGCCUGCAUCAGCAGCACCAAAGCCAUGACAAACAAUAAUGGGGACAGGGGGCACCCCGUCUAGUGCCGUUGUGCAGGCAAAAGGGUACAGGGGCCGCACCUGAGAUCUGAACCUGCGCUCUCACGUUACUGUACAUAGCCUUCACAACUCUAAUGUACGGGUCGGGGAGUCCUAAGUGGGAAAGCAGAUAGAACAGAUAGGGCCAUUUCACUCGAUCGAAAAAGCCUUUUCGGCAUCGAUAGAUACAAUCAGUGUCGGAGUCUUAGUGGUGACCUGCUUCCAGAUGAGGCUAAUGUUCCGGCGUGUGUUCUCGAAUAGUUGUCUACCCGCCACAAACCCCACCUGGUCUUCAUCGAUGAGAUGUGUAAGGAAGGGGGCGAGUCUGUCCGUCUGGAUUUUGGCCACGAUCUUCAUAUCCUGGUUAACUAAGGAAAUGGGCCUAUAACUCCCCGGCAGCAGGGGAUCCUUACCUGGUUUGGGCAAUAAGACGAUAGUGGCCAACGACAUGUCCGGGGUCGGCGUUCCCUCUAUGCGAAAAUCGUUGAAUAGUGUACAGAGAUGGGGGAUCAGGGCCUCCCGAAAGGUUUUAUAGUAUGCCACGUCCGGGCCAGGGGCCUUGUUUCCUUUUAAUCCGGAGAUCAACUUAUCUAUUUCGCUUUCGGUGAUUUCAGCCGCGAGACCCUCAGCCGCCUCCCGCGGUAGUUUCGGUAACUGUAAGCCUCCCAAAAACCGUUGUAAGUGCUCCUCCCCACUAGUGCUCUCCCUUCUGUCCCCGGGGGAGUGGUCGUAUAAUGUCUUAUAAUAUUCCGUGAAAACCGCCGCAACGUCUUGGGGCGCUGUCUUAAGGGACCCGUCCUGGCGUCUAAUUGUCGUUAUAUGAGUGCGCUGCUGUCGUUGUCUCAGGAUCCUGGCUAGCAGCGUGUCAAUUUUAUUCCCCUUCUCAUUGAAGGUCCGUCGGGUCCAUGUCAGAGCCCUAACUGUGUCAUCUAAGAGUAAUUGUCGCACCGCCCGUCUCCACCGCUCUCCGGGUAUCCUGCGUAGAGCGCGUUUGGUGUAUAUGCUCUAACUGCUUAAGGUUCGCUAGUAAUUAUGUGAGGGCCUCCACCUUUUGUUUUUUCUUUCUCGUGGCCAACUUAAUUAGAACCCCUCUGAUCACCGUUUUAUGCGCUUCCCAGACAACGCUCGCCGAGACAUCCGGAGUGGCAUUGGUCUCAAAGUACGCCCUGAUCUCUUGAUGUACCUGCGCCACCAGGUCCGGAUCCCUCAGCAGCGAAGCAUUGAGUUUCCACGUCCAGGGGAAGGCCCCGCACAGGUUCCCCAGAGUAAGGGAUAUUGCCGUGUGAUCAGACCACGUUAUAGGCCCCACCGAAGUGGCCGUGGCUCUCGCAAACCCCGAGGCAUUGGUUAGAAACAUAUCUAUCCGUGAAUAGGUCUCGUGUGGGGCGGAAUAAUAGGUAUAUUCAGAGUCCCCCGGGUGAUGCGCCCUCCAUAUAUCUAUCAGGCCCGUGUCCUUCAUGAAAGUAAAGAACAAUUUGUCCUGUCUCCCUCGUCCCUGUGACCUAGGCCCUCCCCCAGCUGAGCUUCUGUCUACCGCCGGGCUCGAUGUGGCAUUGAAGUCCCCCCCCACUAUGGUAAUGCCGUGCCCUAGUGCCCGCAUCUUGGUUUGAAGGGUGUACCAGAACCCCGGAUCCGGAUAGUUAUGGGCGUACACAUUUAUUAAGUUAAUAUUGUGGGAGUAGAGGGUCCCUGUCACUCUCACAGAGGGUCCCUCAGCGUCCACGUCAGUGGAAUCAACCCGUAAGGGGCAACUCUUCCUAAUCAAUAUAGCUACCCGACACUGUUUCCUGCCCACCCGGGACUCAUAUGAGCCCGUGUAUACAUGGUCCAUGAGUCGCAGCUGCACAGGUUUCCGGGAGAUGUGUCUACUGGAUAAAGGCGAUGUCCGCCCCCGUCCGCUUCAUUUCCCUAAACAGCAUACGCCGCUUUUGUGGGGCGUUCAAGCCCCGAGCGUUCAACGAUAUUAGCUUAAGCACCAUCUGUCCCCCCCUAUCGAACCCUGAUUCACCGUUACCCGUGAUCACCAUGGUAGGCGCAGUCAAUGGCAUCGAAAGUUGAUAUGGAUUGACAUACGAACGCGUCGUCACAUUGAAAAAGUGUUCUAGCAUGACGAGCUGGGUGAUCUCCUCCGGGAACUUGGCUUGAUGGGAAUUAAGCCAGUUCUGGGUGGCCCUUUUGAUGCCACGGUGCAUACCCAGAUAUAUCAGAGCUGCUGCAGAAAGUGCGGGCCGUCUGUACGCUUUUGGCCUUCUCACCCUGUCUCCGCUGCAGCGUAACUUCGGCCUUCCCGCUCACCGCCUUAUGAGACUGUGCGUGUGAGUCUGUCAAUGUGUGUCUGAGUAAUAGUGUGUCAAAUCAGUGAGUGUGUGUGUCAUUGUUUGUCAGUGUAUAUGAGAGUGUGUGUCUGUCAAUGAGUGUAUGCAUCCAUCAGUGAGUGAGCGUCAGUCAGUCAAAGUGCAGCCUUGACAGGAAGGGAUGGGGAAAAUUUAAAUUGGGGGGGAGGGUGCCCGAGCACUGUCCUGCCUAGGACAGCACAAAUCCUAAAUAUACCACUGCAUACAUUGCUACUUACAUAUAUCAGGGGGUGGAUCCAAUGGGAUUAUCUUUUAUCGGUAUUUGUAUGUUGCUAUAUAGGCAUAGGAUCAGGUUAUUUAUGGGCAUUAUAUACAUAGUAGCCCUUUUUUUGCCCCUUCCAUAGGAAUGGAUAAAGAUGUUUUGAUGUUCUUUUGAACAAAAUCUAAAUACACAUUAUUUGCAUUUACUUGAGUGCGGUAUAUAUUUUUUAUUAUUCUUCAAUUACAAUGCACCUGUCUUGCAGUUUUUCAUAUGGAUUGUAAGGCCAGAGCUGCAAAAUUGCAUUAUUAGUUCUGACUGUUAACGUGCCAUUUUAUUAAUGAACAAAUAUAUAGUUCACUCAACCAUGUGUGUAACAAUAAUAAAUGUACAAAAUAUCAGUAGGGUGCUAAAUGAAAACAAUCCUAUUACCAAAUUGAGAAAAAGCUAUAUACAAGAAGAAAAAUAAACAUAGCACACCACAUAAUGAAAAAAAAUGAAUUUAUUAAUACAUUUUAUAAUCCUGGAAUAACACAAGGACUGUGCAAAACGCAGGUAUAAAUAUCUACAUACAUAGAGAUACCAUGUACCACUAUAUACACGAGAUUAAAAAUGGAUACGUAUAAACCCGCAAAUGAAACCAAGGAAAUACUCACCAGAGGCUGGAGACCAAAAAAACAAACAAAGUUUCGGCUAGAUGCCUUUCUCAAGGGGUCUUCCCAAAGUUGGGUCUUACCGUGAUUGUCUAGAUCAGUGAUAAGCAACUUUUUGGUAGUGCUGUGCCGAAGUAAAGUAUUGAAGUCCCUUAGUUUGCAGGCCCUAUUUUUAAAAGGCAAUGUUUAAACUUAUUUGAUUUCUCAUGAUGCAUAAUACUUUCUGUAUAUAAUUACCGUGUUCACUGACGUUCCUAAUAAAAAUUUAUUUUCAAAAAAAGGCAACAUUUAUGUAUUGUUGGGGAAUUCUACGUGUUAUGUAUGGGUGCGAGGCUUUUUUGUGAGAUUUUAUUUGUGUAGAUGACCUGAGUAUGUGUGUGGGCUGUAUGUAUUGUGGGUGCAGCUUAUGUAUAUGUGCGGGAUGUCUGUGGUGUUAUGCAAGUGCAUAUUAUGUUAUUGUGCAUACGUGGAGGGGUUUGCAGCAUUGCAUGCAUGUGUGUGGACUGUUUUUGGUAUCGUGCCAUGGAGGAGGGCAUGAAUAUUUAAUGAUCACUGGAGGUCUAGUUUGGGGUUCUUGUGGUCUAUACUUUACACAGGUGCACAGAUGUGCCUCUGACUCUGUUCUCGCGCAUGUACAGCCAAACAGAGAAAACAACUCACAGAGGAUUGCCGGAUCACGAGGAAGAGGUCCCUGUGGUCUCUGAACUCACUGUAGGUGCAGCCCACAGUCUCCAUUGCACUUCAGGUGCUGGUUCACUAAAUUAAAAAAAGCCUUUGAAUAUACAAAUUGGUAUAUCGGUGAAGGAAAUCCUCCCAUAGUUAUUUAUUCAUCUAAAAUACAAAGUUUAUGUACUCCUUAUGAAGUAGGUUAACAUCUGAUUGAAAAUGAAACCAUUUUUUUAUGCAUGUUAUGAGUCGCAGCCUGGGUAGGUGUGGCUAGGGCUGCAUGGACAGAAACUUAAAGGGACACUAUAGGCACCCAGAUCACUUUAGCUCAUUGAAGUGAUCUUAGUUUUUGAUAAACUGCAACAAUUACAUUGCAGGGUUAACUCCACCUUUAGUGGCUGAUUACUAGACAACCACUAGAGGGACUUCCGGGUGGUUAGGUGACUUUUGGUUGCCUCACUGAUGCUGGAUGUUCUCACACUACGCAUGAGGACAUUCAGCGUCAUCCAAAACCCCAUAGGAAAGAAUUAUACAAUACGUUCCUAUGGGGGAAGUCCUAAUGUGAGAGCGGCAAUCACCACGCAUGUGCGUCAGCAGCUGCAAGCGGACCCUAAACCAGUCCCAAGGGACAUCGGCGCUGAAAUCAGGUAAGUGACAGAAGGGAUUUUUUAUGUUUAAAUUCUUUAUUUUUAUUGUGCGUUGAGAAAAAACAUGCAGGCUCGUGGUGCCCCAACAGCAGUCCUCGAGCUUAUAUUCAGGUUGAACAGUUGGUGCAUUAAGAUUAACGGCACAUUUUUAUAUACGUUAGAGUAAUGCUAGGUAAAUCUGUAGAUUAGACAUUGCGAGUGGCAUUAGCAAAAGAUGUAUUUACAAGAGAGAACUAGACAGGACUGACAUAGGUUAAUAACAUGCUGAGUCAAACAUCUUCAUAGCAGGCUGAUGUGUCUACCUAUAUAUACAGGUAUUAUGUCUACUAAUAGCUGGAGCUCUCCUUGCCAUUAAGGCUGUUUAGUAGACCCGAGGGUUGAACAUGGUUGAACGCCAAGUUAAAUUAAGAUGCUGGUUCCCAAUGUUAAUAGGAGAGUGGGCCUGGGGGUCAGUGAAUAUCAAUUAAACAUUGCGUAUCUAGUUGAGAGCAGGCUUAAUAAGUUAUGUCAUAAGGUUAACAUCAUGCAGUAUGAACUUCAGUAUGUUAUAUUUACUGACAUGUAGCGGCUAGAGAUGUCGCAAACCGUUCGCGAACUUCCCGCGAACGGCUCGCCACGAACCGUUCGCGGCGAGCUCCGGUCAGCUGACACAUCCCGGCCAAUCUCAAGCAGACCAUCCCUCCCAGACCCUCCCACCUCCUGGACAGCAUCCAUGUUGAAGGCAGCUUCGGGAAGUUCGCGAAUGGUUCGCGACAUCUCUAGUAGCGGCUCAUGGUUAACAUGCUAAGCUAUACUGACCAUGUUUAUAUGACUUCGGUUUUCCUGUUUGAGCUUAUGGUACGAUAUGUAGAUUACAUGCUUAGAAUUAAUCAAAGUAAAAAUAUAACAGUUGUCUAACAGAUGACUUUACAGUAUGCUUGAAAGUCUCUUUGGUUCGGGGCUGCACGUGUUUUUGCCUUCUGCUCUCCAUGGAUGCCAGUCCUGGUCAUGCAGUAUGUCAGAUUAAGCUGAUGGAUGGUGGGCCCGGCGCUGACCUUCUGGAGGCUUUAUGUAGUGAGUCUCUAUCAUGCAAUGCCGUCUCUUUGAAAGCAGCUAGCGUUUGGUGUUGAGGUAUUGGAGGCCGCUGGAGCAGUGGACAGUGUGGUGGCAUCCCUCCAGCCCCAGGCUGUUGCAUGGGCCUGCGUCUCUGUGCCACGAACUCUGCAGCUUCUGGAGCCCGGGUUUCCUCCCCUUUCGGGGGUAGUGGAGGGCCUGAUGGGCUUUUGCCGCUUGCUGCGUUGGAGCCUCCGUGGGUGUGGGCGAUGCAUCCGGGUCUUCACCUUUUUGGCCUCCAGCCUGGGUAGGCUCUGUGGUUUGGGGUUGCGUGGGUCGUCCAUCGCUAUGCCCACGGGUAUGCCCCGCUGCCGGUUGUCUCGCUUACCCGCUGUUCGUGCAGGUCCCUGCGCGGUCUGUGUUAUUUUCAGGCGGUCUCUUAAUUUUGACCAGAAGCGGCUGAAUAUUUUUUUCAGGUGCUGUGUGGUGUUGUGGUUGAUUGUUGCUUGCGGGAGCAGGUUCAGCGUGAGCGAUUUGCUACCAGCCGCCAUCUUAGGAAUGCCUCGUGGGGAUCACACUGCCUUGUCGUCAUGCAGAGAUCAGCGUGGCACACACCGUGCGGACCGGGAUAACCCCCGCCGGUCCGGGGGGGGGGGAAGGGGGGUAGGAGGUGAGCAGUUUGGAGGUUCCCACUGUGGUGUUGUCCGCGAGGAGAGCGGCCGCCUCUCCCCGGCAGGGUCUCGAGUAGGCCUCUUGGUACGGGUGCCGGUUCCCGGUUAAUGUCGGGUUAACGAUUGGUGCCGGUUGAUGCGCCUGGGUGUCCCCGGCUGUGCUAUCACCCUCCAGGUGCUGUACGUGCAGGUUUUUCGGGGGUUUUCCCCCAAAUUGUGCCGAUUUAGUCUGGAGCUCAGUCUCAGCAUGUCCAUGCAGCCUGGAAGCCAGGCUCCGCCCCUGACAGAAGGGAUUUUUAACCCCUUCUGCACCACAGAGGGGCAUGAGGGAGUGACUUAACUCCUAAAUGGCAGAGAAUCAAGCAGUGAGACUUCAGAGGCAUGAUCUAUAUGCCUUCAGAGGCAUGAUCUUCACUGAGCUAAAGUUGUUUUGGUGACUAUAGUGUCCCUUUAAGUAGAAGGUUAAGUCACGGUGUGUGGAGUACAAGUGAAUUACACAAACACCAUGAUGAAGUCAGAUAUCAAAUCACUAGAUCUAAACAACAUUAGACCUUAAUGAGAUGUUAUGACAUUUAUGUAGUAAAGCAGACUUCCCCCAAUUUAUUUCCUCAAAGAACUUGAAGCUUUUCUUUACACUAUCACUUUCAAAAUUUUAGCACAAAUAGCUACAUAUUUUAAAAUUCUUUAUAGGUAAAUGUUUAUGCUUUGCUGGGGACAAGGAGGGUAUGUAAGCCUGGAAGCCCUCCAGGUAGCCCAAAUCAGACCGCAGGGAGUGCUGCUGAAGUUCUUAGUGCCCCUCAGCAUAGUGUGAGUAGAUGCACAAACGUUGUGCUUGCAUGUGACAGUUCCCUAGCAUCUUAAGAUAUGAAACACAAGGGAGCAAAAUUGGGAUGGUGAUACAGGAACCAGAAUUAGGGGUGUCUUGCCUAAAUAGGGACAGGUGAGAGGCCUGUUAUUAUGCCGUAUGUAGGCUUUGUAAUGUCAGAAAAGGCACAUUUUUGUUAUUCACCUCUACUGCUCUAUUAUUAUUAGUUCGAAAGCACCAACAAAUCUUCUCUGGAAGACACGGUUCCUUUAUAUACCAUGGUACUGUAACAGACCGUUUUGCACACAAGGGGUAAAAACCGUUUAGGCAAUCGUCCCCCUUUCCAGAGAUGCAGGCACAGCUAUUGUAGAACACCAAACACACGAACCGCCAAUAAGUGAAUGCUCCAAACUCCCGAACGGCAUCCAAUAUAGCACUCCAAACAGACGAACAGGAACCAUACGAAUUGCUGCUAAGAGACGAAUAGGAAAAGCAUCCAAGCGGCUUAUCAGCAUUCAGUAAAUCCCCCCAAAGACAAGACAAGGCUCCGUGUUGAGGGUCAAGCAGUGGUCUGUUUAAUGAGGGCUACCUGCCCAGUAUUUAUGCAGGUCUCCCACCUGGUGGACACUCCCCUAGGGGACCAAAUGGGAGACUGUGACAAGGGACAGACAAGUAGACAAAUAGGACACACAGUCACAUUAUAUUCCCACAAUGCAUCCUGGCUUCCUCCCCUCUGCCUUGGAGAUAAUUGAGAAGUAAUUCAAUUAUCUCCCAAGACAAAGGCAAAUCACCAUUAUGCACGUGGGGAUACUAACACACGAAUUACUAUUAAAAUACACUAUGUGAGACACAUAACAUUAAAAGCAUACAUUUAACAUAUCCCCAGAUAGCUCAGGUCUGAGCGCACAUUAUUAAGCAAAUGGCGCUCAGACAACACGAAUACCGUUUAAUCGCCAUGGAGCUAAAGUCUUUACACAGUCAGUUUCAUGCGAAUGGGCUCCAUGGGAUUCCUAUCUGGGGUAUACCAUAUUCCAGUAAAACUACCGAACGCCAGGCCGUUCGUGCACUUUCACCGACCAAGAAGGGAGGUCGGCGGCUUCAGCGGUGUUUGCGCAAAACUGUGUCCGAUUUCAGUUCCAUGAAUUAAGCGUUGAACUCCGCUGUGCAUUCGCAUGUUUAAAAUGGCCGCGACCUCGUGUUCGUGAUACGAAUGGCGGCCACCCAGCAUUCGUCAAGGUUAACCGCAGCUUCAGGGAGGCUAAUUGCCGGCACACUCCAGCUCACAGGUGGUCCAGUUAUUUGUGCGGUUGUUCGGUAGAUUGAAUCUACCGAACACCAGGCAGAAAAGCACGAAUAAAGCUUUUCUGCAGGCGAAACAAAGCCUUUUAACAUGGGGCCAUAGUCCAAAGGCAGCAGGCAAGCAACCAGGCUUCUCCAAUGCAAUGUGGCGAGAUUGCUCUUGUCACAGGUACCAUGUCCCAUCCUUUAUAUACCAUGUCCCAUAACCCAUGUUUCAGGAGAUGUAACCAAGUAGUUGGAAAGGAGGACCAAGUGUUUUCUCAAAGACUAGCAGCUUCUUACUCCCUAGUAGAUCAUUGAUGUUAGGCUACACAUUUUGUCCAAGACAUGUACUUAAAUACAGUGAACCACUACAUACAUAUAGUGUACAGCGCUACGGAAUUUGUUGGCGCUAUACAAAUAAUAAAAUAAGAAUAUAGAGAGAGAAACACACGCUGACAGUAAAAUAAACUGUUCGACAUUGGGAAGGGAGGGCACCAGAAGCAGUGCACUUGGAGGGUGUAUGUCAGCCCAUGCUGGGUGUCAUUUCUCACACAGAAUGAUAUGGUCCAGUAGUUUGUGAUAAGGUGUGCAAUGUGUCUGUGGUUGAUUCUCCUUUAAGAGAAAGGGAGUACCCCCCUCACGUCCUCACUGAAACCAGGAAGGGAUUAAGCAGAAGCUCUGCACACCACACAGAGGAUCUGGGGGAGGGGGGACCCUCUCCAGCUUACAUCCCCCCCUACAGCAGGUAGGUACCAGCAAUGUACCCACCGCCCCUUUACAACCCCCUGGAGGGCAGGUGAAGGGUUAAUGCGCCAUUGGCCCUGGGGGGGGGUACACACACAGCAUGUCAGGCUGCAGCACAGGAGUGAGGGGGUUAAACCUCCCACCUAUCACAUUACACACAGCACACGGUUAUAUUAAUCUGUUUGUGUUAUUGCUGGAGGGGGGGAGCUCUCCCCCCUCCCCAGCUUCCUGUACACGGUGACAGAGCUCCACACAGGGCCCACCGGGGAGUCACAACAUGGAGGAGGUACAACACAGACACGGCGCCUGCGGGCGGACGGGAGUUGUAGUCUCCGCGCUGAUCGCAGGUGGUGGAGGGAAGGGGCCUGCGGGACUGCAUUUCCCGUCGUCCUUUGCUUGGCCCGCUGGCUGUGCGGCGUCCAAUGGGAUGGCGCGGCGUCUGGACACUCACUUCCGGUUUCUGUUAACCCUGACCGUGCCCACAUGGCUUGUGUGAGCACUCUGUGGCUUUCAUAAUAAACAUGGUCGCCAUAAUGGCUAUAAUGUCAUUGGGGGGGCCUAAAGCACACCUGGUUGCCAUAGUAACCCCCAAAAAUAUACAAGUUACCAGUGAAAGUACAGCAUGGAUUAUAAUGGCUAUCAAUGCCCUAAGUAUAGUUAAUAAUAAUAAUAAUAGUAUAUGGUAUAAUUAUAUUAUCUGUCAGAGCAUAUUCUCCUAUUACUGAAUGUGUAAUGUCUGCCAGGGCUGAGGGCAAGGCCAGGCUCUGCUUGGGGUGCUGGGGAUUUAAGAUUUAUUAACUCAUUACCAUGUACCCCUCCUGGGAGCCUGUCUUGGACACACCCUAGAUCAGGGGUAGGCAACCUUUGGCACUCCAGAUGUUGUGGACUACAUCCCCCAUAAUGCUCUUACACCCAAUAAUGCUGGCAAAGCAUCGUGGGAGGUGUAGUCCAAAACAUCUGCAGUGCAGAAGAUUGCCUAUGCCUGCACCAGAUCACUGUGAUGAGAGGGCACUGGGCCCCCAUUGUUUCUGUUUACAUUACCUAGGGUUACUGCUGCACAUUCCUGAGCCCCCUCUCUCCAGGGGGCCAGUCUGGGACACACCCUAGAUCACUAUGAUGGGGUGCAGAGGACCCCUCCUUGGCAUGGUGUCUGUAUACAUUACCUAGGGUUAUUGCUGCACACUCCUGAGCCCCCUCUCUCCUGGGGGCCAGUCUUGGACACACCCUAGAUCACUGUGAUGGGGUGCAGAGGAAUCCCCCCACCCCCACCCCCUUGGCAUGGUGUCUGUAUACAUUACCUAGGGUUACUGCUGCACAUUCCUGAGCCCCCUCUCUCCUGGGGGCCAGUCUUGGACACACCCUAGAUCACUGUGAAGGGGUGCAGAGGACCCCCCCUUUGGCAUGGUGUCUGUAUACAUUACCUAGGGUUACUGCUGCACACUCCUGAGCCCCCUCUCCUGCGCGGGAAGCACCAGGCCCCACCUCAGGGAGGAUGGGUGGGUGGGUGUGGGGUGGCAUGGUGCCAGCCUGCCAAUGACUUCCGUGUGUGUUUCCGUGAGCUCAGAGCCUCCCUGCUGUGGGGGAGCAGCCAGGAGCCAGCUGUACCCCGCCACAGGCAGGUGUGACAUUGGGGGCUGUGGAGGAGGACUGUGGUGGGCCCAGGCUGGGGGAGAUGGGGUGGGCUCCCUGGUCCUGCAGUGCAUUGUGCAACAGCUCUGUGUUGAUAGCUGCGUGUCAGUCAGGCCAUUGUAGCUCAGGGAUAGAGCUAUAUGUGGGUAUAAUGUCAGAAAUGCAGAAUAAUGCCAUAGUGAUAAAGUACUGACAGCUUGAGCAUGUAGCUGAUAUCACCUGCAGGACACAUGUAGGAAGUAAUGCCAGAUUCAUCAGAGCCUCAUUAAGAUUUAAGAGAUCUGUUUACAGGAUAGAAAACAUUAUACUGUAUCUGGGGUGGGGGGCUGGACACUCAAGUUGGCAGAGGCCCUGGGCUAGGGGUGGGCAAUUGGUAUGUACCCAUCAGCUGAGCAGUAACCUAGUUUGCCUUUUGGGUAAUCCAUCUGUACAGGUGCUCAUGUUUUUAAAAAGCAAACUGUUAGUAGUGACAUGCCCAAUUUAUAUUGGGUUUUAAAUUUUUAUGUAUUGUUUCCUGCAUAGAUAAAGUUUAUACUUUGUUCAAAAAUAGAACAUGUCAUGGUCUCAGGUAUGAAGUCAUAAUUACGGAUCAAGAAAUGUGUAUUUAUUAUAAACAUAGACAUCUAUUUCUGUUGUUUGCAUGCAUAACUAAGAUAAUCGUUUUUAUUAUUUGUAUGCAAACUUCGCAAUAAAGUACAAAGUAAUUGUGAAUAGCUCCAUUUUGUAGUAUAGUUGUUUGUGCGUUUUUCUUUCUUUAUGUUUGUUUUUCUUUUAAGAGACUCCUGGUGUAUUUAUGAGAUUUCUGUAUAUCUCAAAUAAUUGUAUGUGUUAUUUUGAUAUUCUAAGCUAUGUUAGCUCUAACUUUUGAUACAGAUUUUUAAUCCAAAUAAUUUUUCAGAUGUUUGUCUACCUGUGUUCAUCAUUCAGUCUGAACACAUUUCUCUAUUUCACAUAUUUUAAAAUACAUGACUGUAAGCUCGUUUGAGCAGGGUCCUCAUCAACAUAUUGUUCCUAUAACUUUGAACAUUUUGUAAUUGUCUUGCUUAUUGUUUUUUCUAAUUUCUUUGUAGGGUUUAGCAAUAUGGCGAUGGGCUCUACUGAUGAUGGCCCCAUUGGAAUCCCAUUCCCAGACCAUAGUAGUGAUGUUCUUUGUGCCUUGAAUGGUCAGCGACAGCGAGGGGAGCUCUGUGAUGUCCUCCUCCUGUGCCAAGGCCGUGAUUUUCCUGCACACCGCUCUGUCCUUGCUGCCUGUAGUUGUUAUUUCCGUCAGCUUUUCACCUCAGGUCCAGCAGCUUACCGUCUGACUGUCUAUCAACUGGACUUUGUGACAGCCGAAUCGUUGUCUGCUCUCCUGGACUUUGCUUACACAGCCACAUUAACACUUUGUGCUGAAAAUGUGGGUGAGAUUUUGGAUGCGUCUCGCUUGCUUGAAAUUAACUCAGUCCGAGAUGUGUGUGCUGACCUUCUGGAUGGGCCAUUCUUAGGCCACAGAGAGAGUGAAUAUCUGGGGGAUCCAGAAAACUUGAUGCGCGCAAAAGAGUACCUGGAAUAUUUUCAAAGCAAAGGUCAGGAGGAACAAGGAGGGAGUCCUUGGAGCCGCCAGUGCCCAUUAGAUGAUGAAACUGAGCCAUCAGUUGAUGGAGGUACUGAAUACCAUAAUGAUUUGCAAAUGAAAUGUGCAGAUGAACAGGUUUUGGAUGGAUGGCAAAAAAGGAUUGAGGACCGGACUUGUGUCUCUUCAUUGAAUGGACACCACAGUGUUCCAGUGGAGAAGGAACAGGAAGACCUUGACAAAGGGUCUGAUCUCUUGGAUUCUGGACAAUCUCCUUUAAUAAAGGGUGUGGUUGGGCGCCCAUAUGUGGGUGAAAUGGACAGUCUAACAGCUAGCACUCUUUUGCAGCACAUGAUGAGUGCAGCUCAGCAGGAAGGUCAAGGACAAGGAGAUGGCAGUGAAGACGGUCUCAUGGACUAUUACUUGAAAUAUUUUCGCGCUGGUCGUCCUGAUGACGAUGAUGAUGAUGAAGAGGAGGAGGAUAUGGAAAAUGGAGGGGAAGAGUACCCAAAUUGGAGUCAGAAGGUGGAGAAAAAGAUGAGGGCAAAAGCUUUCCAGAAAUGUCCAAUAUGUGAGAAGGUCAUUCAGGGGGCAGGGAAACUACCACGACACAUCCGCACCCACACUGGGGAGAAACCAUAUGAGUGUGUGAUCUGCAAGGUUCGAUUUACCAGGUAACUAGGAAAAUGAUAUAACCUGUUGUGACGGGCACAGUGUAAACUCCUACCAUGAACUUGUAUUCAUUUGUUAAUAGUUUCUCUCUAGAUUUGGAUAAUUUGUUAAAGCAAGCCUCACAUCACAAAAAUGGCAGGGGUAUACAUUCUGAAUAUUCUAUCUUUUUAUUUGAAACCGAGUUGUAACCAAAGUACACAAUUUUGCUAAAUCUGUAGAUGUUCUUGCCGUUUGUCUACAUUCUAAAAGAUACCAACCGUGACACUGUGCACACUGUCGUUUGUGUACAUUACUUUCCCGUGUUUAAGGUUUGAUGCCCUCAUCUAGAACACUGCCUAAUCAAUGAAGUGAUCAUAGUGCUUAGAGUACCCCUUUAAAGGAACGUUCAAGUACCAUAAGUGCUUAUGAACCUUGUAAUAGUUAUGGUGCAGGAUGGAUACCUGUCCCUGUAUCUUUGCACUCGGGUGCUUAUACCUAUUCAGUUUGCAAAAAUCAGUGCUACUAAAGUCAGAAUUGGUGCCAGAUAUUAGAGGAGGAAGCAACGCUUUUUCCUCUGCCCUUCCAAAAAUAUGUAUAGAGUGUAUCUAUUAAAUGGACACAGGCCAUUCAAGUCUCUGCCUUUAAUUAUAGGUUCUCUGAAAGACCCUGAGCUAUGACCGUACACAUGCGUGGUGGGUGCAAGAUUGGGGAUUAUAAUGUACAGUUCCAUUCACAAAACUAUGCAUGUAGCUGUCAAUAAGCUUAUAGCAGCUGCUGUGCACCUAUUUGAUGCAUGGAAUUGCAGCCAAGUCUUGAACUGCUUAUCUCAUACCUUGACUAGGCCAAGGCUUUGUGGUUUAAGUUCACAUUUAGUUAAACAGAAUGAGAGCCUCCUGAUUGUCCGAGACACUUUCAGAUCUCCAAAUAGUUCUUGGCAAAAGCUGUACACCUAAUACAGAUAUCUGAAUGAUUUUUGUUUAUUCGAAUUGUUGGUGUGUUUAUGAAUGCAUUAUCUGUUUGAUACAUUAAAUGAUUACUUCCAAUGUGGAACAUUCCAUUAAUAUAGAUUCACGUUUUACUUGGAUUGAGAGUGUUUUUCUCUUUAGAGCUUUGGCACAGAAAGUAGAAAAACUGCCUCACCCAAAACCUCACAGCAAGGACUUUUUACAGGCAAAACUCUCCGUGGGUGAAGUGUUUCAUGGUGUCACCUCUGCUAAUAAAUUCACAAUUGUUCUUGUUUUGGAAAUUUUCAAUGUAUUCAAUAUUUAGAAUUAGAAUACAUCUUAUAUAAAAUAAGUUGUUACUAUUACAAAAGCCACAUAUAUAUUUUUUUCUUUGUUCUUUUUUUAACAAUCUUGUUAAGAACCGAUAAUAUUGUGAAUAUUCAUAGGAAUAGUAGCUCAUAAAUGUAUUAGGUAUUAUAUCCAAUGCGACUGUAUGCAUAUAUGAUUUAUAGGUAUGAAUAAUACUAAAACUACAAGGUUAUCACCCUAUUACAAAUUUAGAAGUAGGGGUAAAAGGAAAGUAAGACUUGAGGCCCAGGUAAGGCCUUAGAGUAGAAUGAAUCCGACAGCAUUAUGAAUAAAUACCUUUUAUCUUCCUCAAAUCCAUCUUCAAGAGGGUCUCAUUAUCAUAGCUUUACUCUGCCUCCUUUAGCUCAUGAUGAUCUGCUGGCUAAUACAAUGCUUCUCACAGAGGAGCAUUUGGUGGCAAGGCACACCAGCAGCAAUAGACACAGUGUUCCUGCAGUUCUUCAGAUAGAGAAGCGUUAUAACCAUUUUAUUAUCAUCAUUUAUAUAGCGCCAACAUAUUCCGCAGCGCUUACAAUUAUAAAAUGGGGAUAUUUGACAACAAGUAAUUUACAUUUGGGAUAUAACAGAGACGAGGUGAAGAACGCCCUGCUUAAAUGAGCUUACAGUCUAAGAGGAAGGGUAAAGAGGCACAAGAGAAAUAACCGCAUGCCAGAGGUUGGGAGGGAUUGAUGGACCAAAUACCAGUUUUGAAAUAAGCUGGUAAAAGUAGUGUGUGGAAGAACCGAACAGUGGCAGGGGAGAGAGAGAGCUGGGCUAUGGAGAUGAGCGAAGUUAAACGAGAAAAACAUCACCUAGGAAGAUGGUAAGCUUUCCUAAAGAGGUGUUUUUAUCGGUGACUUCUUAAAGGACUAGAAGCUUUGAGAGAGUGUGAUGACACUUUAGCGAAUUCCAAAGGAACGGGGCAAUCCUUGCAAAAUCUUGCAGAUGAGAGUUGACAAUUCGGGUACAUGCAGAUUUCAGGAGAAGAUCAUUUGCAGAGCGAAGGGAACGGAAAGAGGAAAUGUAGUGAGGAGUGGAGUUAGUCUGUGAGAGCCCACCCCACCCCCUUUUGCGUCAAUUGGAAUACAGAAGAGAUGGAGCAAAAAUGUAUUCAGACAGAUUAUUUUGUACUAGUCUGUAUUUGGAAACAGUUUUCAUAGUCUAUUUUUCUUUGCACUGAUAAAAGGGGGAUGUCUUUUUUGAGGGGAAGCUACAUUUCAGUGAGAUGAAUUUGAUGGAUAAUGUAAAUCCAAUAGACAGGUCUGUUUGAAUGCAGAAGUAGAUUGACAGGAGAGACACAGGGUUAUACACUAGACAGACAGCUAGUUUUGGACAUAAUAUCCACCUUUUCAAGCAUAACCUCUAAAUGACAGUGAAUGCAGUUAACAUUUCAUUCUGUCCAGAUACAUCAGAAUGGCUAAAAUCUGGAACUGAAUAAAGGAAAUACUUAACCAGUUGAUCAAAUACAUUGUUGGACAGAAUUGGCAGCCGUCUGUCUGCUCAUUUGGUCAAUAGGAAACUUUUUUUUUUUUUACACGAUAUGGCACUAAACAUGGAUAGCCUUGUAUGCAUAUUGGGAAGAGAAUUCGGGGGGCUUGGUUAAAUCAUGAUGUCAUCAGUAAACAUGCCCAGUUUACGGUCUAUAAUCUAGAUUUGGUGGAAAAUGAACGUUUUUUAUAUAUCUGGAUUGGUUGGUAUAGCAGUAGCUAAGGGUUCUAAAGCCAGGUCAUAAAGCAAAUGGGGCAAGGGACAUCCUCACCUCAAUCCGUUGGUGUUUUGCAAUUUAGAAAACGGAAAACUCAGAGAGUCAGUACUGAAGCGGAUGAAUUGGCAUACAGAAUUUGAAUAGAGGCUAUAAAUUAACAAACAUGUUUGUUCAAUGAACUCAAUGCUUCCUUCGCAUUUAUAGAGACGAGCAGAAUUAGGUGUUCAUAAUGUGGGAAUGGUGCACAAUAUUAAUGAACUUUCAGAAGCUUGAUAUGCGGAAACAAAGCCUAUUUUAAAGGUGUGUCAGUAAUGUAGCCAAUCUAUUUGCUAAAAACUUGAGAGCGUAGAGUUUUGUAUUUACAUUUAAUAAUGAGAUUGGCUGAAAAUUCUGAAAUGCUGUUUUUUCCCUCAGGGUUUGGUAGAGUAACAAUAUGUGCAUGUGUAAAUACUUUGGUAAUAGCUUAGGAAUUAUCAAGGUGAGCACAACAUUUAGUUAGAUGAUUGCCUGAAUUGUGUCAAAAAGAAGAAUAGUAUGUACCGGAAAAUCAAUUUGGGCCUGGACGUUUGUCAUUGGGGAGGCAGGAAAUCUCCCUGGGAACAUCCUCCUCCUGUGAUCUCACCUUGAAGGGUGUUAGCUUUUUUUUUUAGUAAGUGAAGGUUGUUGAAGUUUAUAUCAGAAUGUAGUAACAGAGGUGAGAGAGGGUUUGGUUGUGAUUGGAUAAAAAUAAUUAAAUUCCCCUGCUAUCCUGACCGAGUGUAGAACCUAGCGACCACCAGGGAAAAUGAAGUGUGAAAUAGUAGAGGCUGUUCCGCGAGCUUGAGGUUUACUUGACCACCAUGCUCUGCUCCAGCUAUAUUAGAUUUGGUAUAAUAAAAAAUUUUGAGCAAAUGGAAACGCAGCUCAGUUUUUAAAGCUGGAGUUAAGUUAUAGAUAGUUUAAGCUGUGCUUACCAGCAAACAGAAGUCUUGGAUGGAGAUAUCUCAUAAAAGGUGUCAAAUUUGGCCAAUUCUUUUUCUAAUGCUAGCUUCUUUUCUUUUGUAUAUGGAUGCAAGUUGAAUAACUUUGCCAUUCAUUAUAGCCUUGUGGACAAGCCACCAAACCAUAGGAGAUAUGUCUGGUGAGGCUUUGUCUUGGAAAUAGCUGUUAACGUGUUUUCCUGUUGCAGUGUGAACAUCACUGUCUGCAAGAAGAGAGUUCUUCAUCCUCCCUACUCCUUUACCUCUAGCCUGAUACUCUUCAGAAAUUGUUAAAAAUAUCGGGGCAUGGUAAGACCAUGAGCUGUGGCCUAUAGAGCAUCUUAACAACUUUUGUAGAGCAACCUUAUCUACUACAGAGUAAUCAGUUUUUGAGUAACUUAAAUGUUUGAAUAAAUACAAUAUGUUGUCUUUGGCUGAAAGGAGUGCUAUAGAGUCUGUAGUUGUGCCCCUGAGAGCAAAAAGUGUUUGCUAGGCCUGGUUAUGUUGGGCCAGUGUGUCCACCGAGGGGUCCACAGGUAGUUUAAAUCCCCACAAAUAAUCAAUUUGUCAUUGUUUCAAUCUUGGAUUUUGAUUUUUUUUUUUUUUUUGAAAAGCCUCUCAUGUAAUGGCAUUUGGCUCGUAUUAGGAGAAUAAACAUUUACAACUGUGCAUUUUUCAGCAAGCAAAUACAAAUAAGAAAACGCUCCUUCUCAUCUGGUUAUAUAGCGAUGAACUGAAAUGCGAUAUUCCUGUGGACAAAGAUUGACACUCUCCUCUUUUUUUUGUAAGAGCAAUUUAAUGAUAGCCAAUGCGAUGAGCCAGGUGUUGAAGCAUGGCAUGUUUAAGCUUCGUUAAAUGUGUUUCUAGUACACAUAUAACAUGAUUUUUUGCUUUAUGUACUUCUUGAAGUAGUUGGUGUUGUUUGUACGGUGUGUUUCUGAAUAGCUUCAAAGAUGACACGGUCCCAGUAGGGGAGAUUACCAUUAUGCCCAGAACGUUUUCCUGCAGACUCAGUAGAAACAUCAUUGACCAAGUUGUACUGCAUAUAAGCAGAAAGAACAAAAGUGAACAAAUCUAUGUGCAAUGUUACAACUAUAAUUAACAGUAUAGAAAGGAUCAGCAAAGGUAAAUAGUGCCAGUGAUCAUUUCACAUAGCAGUGGCAAUUAGGGGGGACUAAGUCCCCUGAUAGUGGAAAAUAACAUUUAAUAGAGUAUGUCAUAAAGCAUCGAGUCAUACUAUUGAUUUAAAAGUAAGUUAUAAACUCAUAAAAUUUGAGACGUCGCCAUCUAGUGUUUUUUUUUGUUUGUUUUAAACUAAUAAGCAGUCUCAUAAGCAACAUAGUAAAACCGAAAGCAAUGAUGGCUUGUACUGUUAAACACCAAAAAAAAAAAAAAAUAAGAGAUCUUAGAAUAACAUUAGAAUGGCUAACUUACGAGGAGGUCCCCUUCUCUAUCCGUCCAUCAGGGAUCGUUGGUAGCACAGAGAGUCCGUGGCUAAAGCUGAUACACUCUAGGCAUAGUGGCACCUAAAGUCACAGCAUUCAACCUAGAUGCUGUAGGGAAUGUGGCAGUGAGCUCGAUGAGGUACUGCCUUCUUUGGUCCAGUCUAGGCGCAAACUGGGAAAGGAGGCAGAUGGAGAAACAGAAAGUUUCCCUUCCCUGCAAGCUAUGUUCCAGUGCUGCAGAACCAUGAGCCCCUAGUACCGAUGGAAGUAACCACAUUUCAUUUAAUUAACUUCACAAGGAAGCCACAUUUAUUGGGUGUCUGUUGUGCCCUGAAGACUGAGGUGACAACAGAGAAUUGUCUUCUUAAUUGUAUAGUAAAGAGAGAAAUUAAAGAAUUGCUCUGGGUCAUUUUCUAGUGGAGUGGCUCUCCUCACAGUUGUUUCUCUGAUGCUAUAUGAAUGAAACUGGUAAUGACGUCUCUGGCGGUAGAAUCUUUGACUGUUUAGAGGACUUAAGCAAAUGAGGUGUAGGUAGGGUGGUCUAGGUCCCUGGUGUCAGCAGGAAGCAGUGUGGUUAGACAUUCCUGUACAUAUGCCUCCAGAUCUGCUGUCUUAAUAUCUUCUAAUAUUCUGCAAAUUCAGAAAUUGUUGCUCUGUGAAGGGUUUUAUGUUGGCCUGCUACAUUGUUAUGGUAAAUGAUGAUCUUGUUGACUCUGCCUUCUAAAGCGUCAUACCUACUCUAUUAACCCUUUCUUAAAUUUAUCUGUGAGUGCUCCCAAGUUGCUUUUUAUGUCCUUCUGAAAUUUUUGUAGCAGGAAUCACCUAUCCACCUGGCUCCCCUGAAUGACGUUGUGAUGCACGGCCUGGUGUAGAUGGGCACAAGAAAUUCCAUCAUUCGUCAGAUUCCAUGUUCUCCUCCAUUUUGGUCUUGUACUCCGCAAACGGAAGUUUGGUUUGACUUGAGUAAGAAAUGUACCUUUUUGUGUGUGUCUUUUUCACACCAGAACAGGGUGGGGACAUUCACUCCUCCUUUGUCUCUGCUUCCAGUAUUGGUUGGGUGCUGGUAAAAGUAAUGUUUUUCGACUUUGAGCCUCGAUUAAUACAGAGCAGUUCUAAAACAUAUCUGCUGUCCUUGGUGUACUGGCUCUGCCACCAUUUAUUGGUUAUUUCAACCAUUUAUCUGUUGACUUCCUUGCCAUUGGGCAAAUGUUGCAUAUUUUUGUAAGGGCACCUGUAAAAAGCUGGUGAAUUUAUUUUGAGUAUUUGCAUGAAACUGAAUUUGUUUAGACCUUAUGUAGUCUACACCUGGUACUGUGUGUAUUUUGUAUAAUUCAACUAGUGGGUGAUUUUGGAACACCCACAUAGUGUUCUAGCUGCUAUACUGAAAUAGAACUAAAUAAAUCACAAUAUUAGCGCCUAUAUCUCACACAUUUGUUUCUAUAUAGCCACCUUAUGUAGUUUGUGUUUGAUAAAUAUUCAGAUACUAUAUAUUAUUGUGAGAAUUUUACAUGAUUUAAAAACAGACAUGUUACUAAAUAAGAUAUUGUUUGAAUUUCAACUGCAUUUGUCAAGAAAAUAAUUACAAAUUCAGUUAAAAUUAUUUUGUCUUUUUGUUUUUGUUGUUGAUCUGAACUACGUGUGGACAUCAGUAAAUAACCAGGACAGGCUGUUUGAGUGACAAAAUAACCAUAUGGGUUUAGCCACUAAACUAUAAAUUAUUGCGAAUUGAAAAUCAACGUAGGUAAAUUUAGCUGAUUUGAAAAAAAUCCCAAGCUCUGCUAGAAUAGAAAGAUAUUAGCCUGAAUUUUGCAAUUCGCGACAGUUUUAUGUAUAGUAAAUAAAGUUGUGUGAUAGUUGGAAAUAUGUGAGUUCUACUGAAAGUAUGAUUUAUAUCUCUAAAGUAUAAUUUGUGUCACACUAUUCCUUGAGACUCUUCUAUAUUUGUAUAAUUUCCGUGAAUAAACAUCUCAAGCAGUAGUCUUGAUUAAAAUAGCCACCCUACUGUACACCGUAAUUAUUAUAGUCACCUGGUGUGAGAAGCCUAAAAGUACAGGAAUUGGUCAUUCAGGCCUAUCGGACAUCACUGGGGAGAGUACUAAUCCCAAACCACACAGAGCGACAUCAGAAGGUGCCACAAGUGGCUUCUUUAAGUAUAAUAAAGUUGUAAAUACUUGAAUAAACUUCAAGUCUUUUGACAUAUCAAUCCAGUUCCAUUUUUGCCUGUGCCCAGGUUGUAUAGUGUGCACAUAGGACAUUAGCAUUGAGAAAUGGCCGCUACUCAAAACGUUUGCUGCUUUAACUCUGUACAAAUAAAUUGUGGUAGUACCUGGGUGUGCACACCUAUACUGGAUGCGCAGGAAUCUUGUUUGUUUUAUGGUUGUAUAUACACUGUUGGGACUUCAGUGUGGAGUAUCUGCAGCACAGGUCUAAUUUUUCUUUGUUUAUAAUUUGAAUUUUGUAAGCAUGUUUUGCCUCUACCUCACCUUAUAUACAGUUGCAAGAAAAAGUAUGUGAACCCUUUGGAAUGAUAUGGAUUUCUGCACAAAUUGGUCAUAAAAUGUGAUCUGAUCAUCAUCUAAGUCACAACAAUAGACAAUCACAGUCUGCUUAAACUAAUAACACACAAAGAAUGAAAUGUUGCCAUGUUUUUAUUGAACACACCAUGUAAACAUUCACACCAUGUAAGCUCAUUUGAACAGGGCCAUCUUUAAAUCUAAUAUCCCCUUUCUAUAACUGUAAAGCGCUGAGGAGCAUGUUGGCGUGUUAUAAAUUGAUGAUAAUAAUAACACGUAACCAUUUGCAGUGGUAGAGAUUAACCUGAGAUAACCUAGAGGCAAACUCACUAAUUUAAAAUCUCUAAUAUGAAAGAUGUAAUGUUUUUUAAAAGGUUAUUUUACAGUUGCAGAACAAUAUUGGUUGGCUGCAGAUUUUUGUAAAAAAAAAUGUGGUAACGAAACAUAACUACUAAAGUACUGAAAUUGUGCCUUCUUUAUAAACUAUUGAGGGCUGAAUGCUACUCACGUAGUGUGGGAGCUACUAGAAAUUGUUUAUAGGUUAAAGGGACUCUCCAGGCAGAGGAUUUUACUCAGCUGGUUCCAGCGCAGGGAGCCUCAAAAUGACGAAAUAGGCGGGCACGAGCAGGGAGUAAUCAGACGCUUCCAUUUGGAAGCAUCAUUGCUCCCUUGUGCGCAUGCGUGGCUUUGCCGCACAUGCGCACAUACUUCAGAGGGCGGCAUUCAUGCCGCCCUCUGAAGUCCUGAGCGCACUACCGUGCAUGCGCGCGAUGUGCACGGCCACAAAAUGAGCUGACUGACAGCUCAGCUUGUGGUCUUUGCCCGCCCCCUCUCCUCUGCUGCCAGGCAGAAGAGAGAAGGCGCGCACACAGUGCCUUCUCUCUCCUGCACAUGUCAGACGUAUUUUAAUAGUCUGACGUGUACAAAGCCUUUUUAGGGCCCUACAUGAUAGGAAGUCCCUCUGGUGGCCGUCUGAGUGACGGCCACUGGAGGUAUUCCUAUCAAUCAAUGUAAACACUGUAUUUUCACAGUUUGCAUUAGAUUGCCUGCAGGGAGCUAUAGAUCUCUCCUGAACAACUACAUUAAGCUGUAGUUGUUCAGGUGACUAUAGUGUCCCUUUAAGGGUCCGUCUGGUAAUUUAGUUAUUUAACAUAACGCAGUUUCAGUUGUUGUCAUUUGUAGGACAAAGAUGCAUAAUGAUUGAAAGAAUGUUGGGAUUAAUGAGCUGGAUCAUACCUUUGCUGUUCUGACCUAUGGCACACAAAAUGUAUUGGACUUUGGAGAGGAUGUUCUUCCAGUAAAUGAUUUUUAUUUAUGUUUUAUUCAUGGUUUUUAUUUGUACUCUGUCUAUGGCUUUUUAUGUUGCUUUUAUCUUGUUUUAUGUGUUUCUGGAGAUAGUGCUUCUAAUAACUCUUCUUAUUAUUAAUAGAAAAGUCCAAAUGGAUACUUUCAGUGUCAUAUUGCCUAUUUGCAUUAGCAACAUUAUCGCAUUCUCUGUGCAUAUUCUGCUUUUUAGCACCACUUGCUGUUUCUAUUGUGGUCAUGCUUAUGUAGAGAUAAAGGGAAACUAUAGUUUUCCUGGCACUAUAGCUACCCUAUAAUGCCCACCCAUGCAAAGCGUCAGGUGACCAAAAGUCACCUAAUGACCCGGAAGUCCUUCUACUGGCUGUCUGGGCAGCCACUGGAGUGUGACGUUAAAGGGCCACCAGCUUAAUGAAGUGGUCUGGGUGCCAGGUCCAGCUAAGUUUAACCCUUUUUGCAGUAAACAUAGCAGUUUCAGAGAAACUGCUAUGUUUACUUUAGGGUUAAUCCAGCCUCUAUUGGCUGUCUCAUUGACCGCCGCUAGAGGCACUUCUGCGCUUCUCACUGUGAUUUUCACAUUGAGAAGAUGCCAGAGUCCAUAGGAAAGCAUUGAGAAUGCUUUCCUAUGAGACUGGCUGAAUGCGCGCACGGCUCUUGCCACGCAUGCGCAUUCAGCCGAUGACGGAAGAAGAGGGAGGAGAGUCCCAGCGCCGAGGGAGCCCGGCGCUGGAAACAAGGUAAGGGAUUAACCCCUUCCUCCUCCUUCAGCGCCACGGGAGUGGGACCCUGAGGGUGGGGGCACCAUAGUGCCAGGAAAACAAGUAUGUUUUCCUGGCACUAUAAUGGUCCUUUAACCCUCAAAGGUAAUUCUGCAGUUUAUUAAAAACUGCAGUAAUUAUCUUUGCAUGGUUACAGGACCUGGGACUAUGCACCCAGACCACUUCAAUGAGCUGAAGUAGUCUGAGUGCAUUUAGUGUUCCUUUAGUUAGUCGAUGGUCCUUGUUUUUAUGUUUUGUUUUUAAAUAAAGCAGUUUGAAUAAAAGGAAUGGUGCAUCUUGUAAUUUAUCUUUAUAACUUUGCAUUGCACAAAAGAGCAGUAAACAAACACUUACUGUGAUUGGGAAAUGGAUAGUUAUAAUAUAAAUCCCAGUUCACUAUUGUUCACAACCUGUUAUUAUUAUUAUUAUUAUACAGUAUAUACUGUGAAUCUGUCAUUGUGAUUUGGUCAUUUAAAGGAACACUCAGAGCAACAUAGCCACUACACCUGACGCCCCAGUUUACCUCUCUCCGUCAAUUAGCUUAACCCUGCACUGUAGGGCUUUGCUCAGUAGAGCUAAUGUAAACUUCUGCUUAAGUGCUGGUUCGAUGGCAUUUUCCAUUGAAAUGGGGAGCAGCACCUGGUGAACCUGAGAUAACAAAUCAAACUGUUCAAAAAUGAUGUGACUACUUAGAAUGGGCAAGUGGAUAUGUUGUUUGGUGUAUUCAUUUAAUAAUGUGCGGCUAAUGUCUAGGGCUGAUGAACUGAGCUAGUAUAAGGAAGCUUUUACAGUUUUACAUUGAGUUUACGUAUUCAUUGAUUUAUUUUCCCCCCAAUUAUAAUAAUGUGCAUGUUUUUCCCCUACAGGCAAGACAAACUAAAGGUUCAUAUGCGGAAGCACACGGGAGAAAAACCAUACCUGUGCCAGCAAUGCGGAGCUGCUUUUGCACACAAUUAUGACCUGAAGAACCACACACGGGUACACACAGGGCUACGUCCAUACCAGUGCCAAGCCUGCCAUAAAACUUUUGUAAGGUCUGAUCACUUGCACAGGCAUCUAAAAAAGGAUGGAUGCAAUGGAAUCCCAUCCCGUCGAGGACGCAAACCCAGGGUCAGAGAGGGUGUUGUCCCCUUUCCUGUACCAACAGGAAAUGGCAAUGGACCCGGGGGACAUCAAGAAGAAGGUCAGGUGGUAGAAGCAGAUGGCACUUCCUAA